GUGUAAUUGUGAGACCUUCCAGCACUCUGCAGAAUGCCUGCAAACCAGAAGGAUUAUUACACUCUAAGUUCCUGACUGCGAGAAGCUGAUGUGAUUUCAAAGGGCGGUGUAACAUCAGGUCCCCCCUGCCCCCCAAAGAGACAGGGGGAAUCAAAUCAGCUGCUCCCCUGCAAUAUUCGCUGGGGCUUGGCACAUUACGGAGGUGGCCCGAUGGUAAGUAAAUCGAUGGUGCAAUGUGCUGGGAUACGGGAGGCAAAGCCUGGGAUAAUCACUGGCUUCUCUCUGAAGUGGGAUCUUGGCAAAUGGCACCGGUUGUGUUGUGAUCAUGCUACUGUUGCUGGACUUAAAUUUGGGAGCACAUAGAGGGCAGGGAAGAGUUGGCAGGGAAGUCAUGAUGAAGCUGUGUGUGUGUGUGUGUGUAUAUGUGUGUCUGGAUACAGGAUCUGGGGGUGAGGAUUAACCCAGGCAAUCCUUGAAAGGACAGUAUGAGGCUCUAUUCAUAUACCAAUAGUAAAUGGACCAGAGCACGUUAACUGGUUCCCUUAGUAUGUCUUCGGACCCCCAGUUAGUCCAACAGCCCAGUCAUCACUAUGUCAACUUUCACAUUCAGAGAAGGAAAAGUGGAUAUUCUAAAAUAAAUAAUUAUGUGCUCAAUAAACCAUUUCUUUGUUUAAUUGAAAGUUAAAAUGAGUUGGAUUUGUUUUGUAUUGAGUUGAAUAGGUUGGAUGGGUUUUGUGAUAGGAAUAUAAAACCAUUUAUUCACCUAGACAUCGACACUUCAGAUAUGUUAUUUGUGAGCACUUAGAUAUAUGGAUAGAUAGGUAGAUAGAUAGAUAGAUAGAUAGAUAGAUAGAUAGAGGAGAUUGUGAUAUUUCAAGUCAUUUUGGCUAUGGUUACAAAUAUUGGUAGAGUUUAUCCCUCGCCCAACAAAAUGUAUAUAUUUUAUUAGAGAUCUGUUUAUUAUAAAUUGUUUCAAAAACCUGUACAUACUGAAUCGGUGUUUUUAUCACUGAUUAUGACUUCAUAUCUUUUAUUUUAUUUUAUUUUUAAGUGUUGAUGCUGUUUAAGUUAACAACGUUGCCAUUAAGCUAUAUAUGUCUACUCAUUUCCUUGGGAUUGUUCCUGUUAACCGUUUAUAAUGUGAUAAUAGUUUUGGGCAGCAAUAGGUAUUAUGUGAUACACAGCCCUGAAAUCAAAUCCUCUUUCAAAGUGGUGAUUGAUAGAAAACUUGACAGGCACAUCCACAAAGGGGGUAGAGAGCUGGGUCCAAAUGCUUGGAUGUGUUAACCCCUUUAUCACCAAACAGUGCUCAAUGGCAUGACGAUCAAUGGUUAAUCUUGCUUUCACUCCCAAACACAUACACACACUAUGUACCUUUUUUACCCUGCCUUGCUCCUGUCCCAGUUGAUAAAGUCCUAUUGAGGCAUUUGGGCGUGAUGUGUAAACCGGAUUAGUUGAAUGAAAGAAAGCCACACAAUGAGGCUGAAUUGUUUUAAUUCCCUUUCACUGCUCACGCUUAUAUCUCUAAUAAAUGUGUUACUCCAGCAGUGAGUUAAAAAGGAUCGUGUCACUUGGGAUCUUUCCCCCGGCAUGGACCCUGCUACAGAAAUCAGGCACAACAGGAGCGGUAGUAGUGCUUUCAUGGCCUGGCUCUCCAGCUUCAGCUCUGCAUGACUUGAUACACAGGAAGCCCAUGCCUUUGUGUAUCAAAUCAUGCAGAGCUGAAGCUGGAGAGGCAGGCCAUAAAAGUACUACUACUGCUCCUGUUGUGCCUGAUUUCUGCAGCAGGGUCCAUGCCUGAUUUCUGCAGCAGGCUGGUCAGCCAGCCUUUGGAUCUCCUAGUGCAGGCAUAGGCAACCUUCGGCACUCCAGAUGUUUUGGACUACACCUUCCAUGAUGCUUUGCCAGCAUUAUGGGUGUAAGAGCAUUGUGGGGGAUGUAGUCCACAACAUCUGGAGUGCCGAAGGUUUCUUAUCUCUGUCCUAGUGUUUCAGAUUGGUGAGAACAGCUCACAGCACGAUAUGCUAAAUAAUUAGCCAUAAUCAAUACUGAUCUAUGUCAAUCUCUGUUCAGAUAUCAUGGUUAAUGGCAGCAUUGUAUCAAUGCGUUGUAUUCUAACAUUUCAGAGAUUUUCAGUCUGUGUGCACUGCAAGACGGCUGAGCUUUGUGGGCCUUGUACUCCUCGGCAGGUAUAAUGGAAGAUUUGUAAGGAGAAAUUCAGUAGUGCUGGUGCUGUAUGGUUGUUGUUUUUUUCCAUAGGCCCUGGUCACUAUUGUACCCCAUGUUAUGUAUUGACUUAUAGCAGUGACUGAUCAUUGACAGCUUUGAUAGGAUCACUAUGUUAUCACUCUGUAUACAUUAUUUAGAGAGUGUAAUCUAAGUCCAUGUCUUCACCAAUACAGAUUAAUAAGUAUUACACGGGAUGGUGUUAAACUAGAUAUACUUGUAAUGCCCCAGCCUGCCCUCCCAUAAUGUAUCUCUAUAUCUCCAUAUGGAGGAAUCAUUUCACACCUGGAAACAAAUAAUGGAUUGUGUUCUUGUACUUCCAUAGGAAACAUAGUCAGUGCUUGAUUUACGGUAAUAUAGGUAAAUUUGCAGUGAAUAUGCAUACACUGAUGUUAAAUAAUGGCCCUUUAAAUUUAAUCUGUGCUUCAUGGCCCUGUGCUCCAUGACUACUAGAAUCUAGUCUCUAGAACAGUCUAUCUGGAAGAGGGCAAAUAUGUACACACUUUUCUAGAGAUUUAUAUAGGUAUUGGAAUAUCCCUUCAAUUAUACUCCAUCCAGAGUUUGUAACCUGAGUGUAAGUUUAUGUGGGUAUAUAUUAUAAAUUCAUAUUACAUUAUGCAACACAUGUAUGAGUUUAUCGUAAAAUAUAUAGAAUAGAUAGAUAGAUAGAUAGAUAGAUAGAUGGACUUGUUUCCUCAGUGCAAGUGUUGCACAGCAUGUCUUGUAAAAGCUUUGAUUUGACAAGUCCAGCCAGUAUCGGGUGACAUAAAAGAAGACAUUAAUAUGGUAUUUAUGUAACUGGCAGUUUGCAGUCUGCUCCAGGCCACACAAUGUCAGUACAGACACAGUAUGAUACAUUGUAUAAUAGUCAAAGCACUACUUUAUUAAGAAUAUUGCUUAUGGAAAACACGCACAUUUUGUAGGUUACACCAUCUUUCACUGAUAAGUAACAGCUGUCAUAACCAUAAAAACACAGUGAUCUAAGUGGAAUAGACGUGAUGGCUGAGUCCUGAUAUAUACACUGAACAUAAAUAUUAUAUAGAUAAAGUUGCAGGGUGUGCUUCCACUGACUAAAUCCACAUGUCUCCGGUGAAGCAGUAAAGAAAAUUAGUGCAGCUCUGGGCAAUCAAGUAUACUUUUACACAGGUGUAGGGACCUCUGGUACUACAGCAUCUAUGGAUCACCAAUCCCAUUACGCCACAGCAAUAAGAAUCUGACUAAUUCUGUAUUUCUCAUAAUUUACAAUUUCGGUGUUCAGACUCUCAGCUCCAAAGGAAUUAGGUCCACGACUCCAAUUUAUCUUUUACUGCACAAAAAAGGCGUUUGCUUUGGUGAUAACCCUACCUAAAUACUACAUUUGCAAAAAGGGUCAAGGUUUAUCUUAAAAACAAGUUUUACAUUAAACGUGUCAGCCUACAGGUAUAUAAUAUGCAUUCACACUAGGCACGUGGGGAUUUGUUCACUAAACGGUGAACUGCAGUGAAUUGAGAAACUAAUUUGGAAACAUUUAGACUAGAAUAUCCAUGAUGACAGGGAGACAUUUUCCGGUUAAACUGUUUUGCUUUAAAUUCAACAAACUUGGAUUUUCAUUCAUCACAGUUCUCUGUUGACAAACCUGUGUGCAGCAGACCAAGCUAAGUGUGCAAAUCAUGUUAUGCACCACAAUGCUCUCAAAUGUAAAGGGAGCCAGAAUAAGGACAGGCAUUAUUUGUGCAAGUGCAAAACUAGUAGCAAUUAUCAAUGAGGAAACUGGAUGCAGGCAUCAAUCUGACCACCCAAGUUGAAAACAGGCUCUUACAAUGACACCUCUUCCCUUUUUCUUGAACAUUACAGAAACAAGGCCAAUUAGAUCCCCACAGUAAUUCAUCUCUUGUGUAUGAAGCAAGUAGACCACAGGGAGAGAAACGAUUAAGAUAGUGAUUGUUUAAUUCUAGCCUCCAGAUCAGGCUCUGCAAGAAACAAGAAGGAAUUCUCUGCCAUCAUUAUUGUUUGAAAGAAUGAGUAUGUAACCGCUUCAAAGAGUAUUGUGCCCUCUGCAAAAUACCACUCACAAUAUAGCCAGCAGAACUUGCCCCUGCCAAAAUGAGUCUCUUGUGCAUAAUCGUUCUUAGUUUGCUAUGAGGGGUGAGUAGCAGAGGUUUUAAUUCAUGAUCUGCCCAGAAUGUGCUUAUUAUGUGCCCUGUUUUAUCCAAAGCCUGUUUCUCUAAGCUCGGCCAUUCAGGAAAUAUGCAUUGGUCCAGUUGUGCGAACAGAACAGGGCUGUGCAGACACUGCUUUCUGGAGCAAUCUGGACUCUUUCAUCUCAUGGGGUACAAAUGUGUGGUGACAUAUCUUGCACAAGAAUAACAUUGUAUAUCUAAUAAAAUGCUAUUCCUACAUAGUAGAAAUCAGAUGGAUAUGCAUUACUCUAUUUAGAUUGUUUCCACUGGUUUGGUCCACAUUCUGAUGAAUAUAAUUUGAGAUUGAUCUAUUUUCUUUCAUAUUUACUAGUAUUUUUAAAUUAUCUUUAUUAAACAGAAAAUUAUGAUUUCCCUACUUACAUUUUUCACCUUUACAAUUUCUCCAUGAUAUAAGUAGUUUUGAACAUACACAUCUUACAUGUCAACACAAGCUUUUGGAGUAUAUGCUACAUAUAUAAUUUUUAAACAGCAAUAACAUUAGCAUACUGCCUACCUCAAGCAAAUGUGGAUGAUAGCGUGUCAAUAUAAAAGUAUGUAAUUCAGUAUCAUGCUUAAGAACGAACAAUGUAAACAAGAGAGCAAUAUCAAGAGAUUCUAAGACACAUCUCUAAAAGGGGAGCAAUUGGUAGAAAAAAUCCGCUGGUUUACAUUGCGAUUGUUCCAUUCUUUUGAAACCUUACCCCAUAUUGUUCCUUAUAAUUAAACCGAUGUUAUAACUUAGGGAUGGAUUUAUUUUUAUUGAUACAAUUCCUGUGGAUGUUUGAUAGGUUUACAAUGCAAGAUGGAUUUAAUGCAUACAUUUCUCCAUUUCAGGCAAUUAUGAGUUUCAAGUCAAAUUAGAUUUACUCACUAAACAGUGAAUUGUGACUUAGUAGCUGAAUAGCAAAAGUAAGUUCAACAGCUACAUUUUGCAGUUUCCUUUUCAAUUUAUCACAAUUCGAUGUUUAGCGAAUACACCUUACUUUUUUUGGGAAGUAAAUUGUGUGUGUUACAAUGUAUAUAGUGAUUUAUUGUGUACAAUAGCGUUCCAUGUAUUGCAACAUAAAAUAUUUCUAAGGUAAAGGUGACUCUAAACACCGCAAUAAAUGCCUACAAUCGUUUAAUGGGGGAAAAAAGUGUAGCUUGCUGAUAAUCAUAAGGAUGGCAAUCAAUAGGAUCGACACAACAGCCAGCUACUUUACUUAGCAUUCCUAGGGAACUACCGGUAAUUAAGACACGUUUUCUACAGGAUAUCAAAUAAUUCACCCUAUCUCCUUCAAUAUGUGUCAGCACACCAUUGUAUCACAGCUCCACUAAGGACUACAGAUCACUAACUUUACCGUAGAAUUGCUCGAUUUAUCAAAGUAUACUUGUUUGGAAAGAAAAAUACGUGUAACUUCUCUUGAAAUAUGAAUAAUUCGGUUUAUUGUCCAAGCUCUCCGCUAUGGUUCUCUUUGUUAACAGCAGACCUUCAAUAAGUCCAUGAUUUAGAUGUUGCACGGUGCUGCUGAAAUUUCAGUGGGCUCCUUUCUCGCUGGUAGCCGGGGAGGGGCAUUUCCUAUGAUGUGUAACAGAAGUACCUUACAAGAGAAAUGCUUUCAUCUCGCUAUUGGCCAGUAGCUGUCAGCCCUUGCACUGCAUUGGGUAACGUAAAGGGGGACGGGAGCAGAUCCUCAGUUUAGGAAUGUACUAUGGCUUGCAUGGUAUUUCUUUACGCAGCAGACCAAGCAUGUGCCUAUAUGUAUGUGUAUGUAGGCUAAUCUAGUUUGAAACGAGGGGUUCACAGGGAACAGUGACACUCAGACAUUAUAAAUGGAAACAUUCAUUAGAAAGAGUAGAACACUGCCAUGACACUGGGCAGAACAAUGCCAUAACAGAGGGCAGAACACUACAAAAACACUGGUUAAAGCACUGUCGUUAUACUGGGCAGAAAACUGUUUUAACACUGGGCAGAUCACUGUCAGAACACUGCAAUAACACUGGGAAGAUCACUGGCAGAACACUGGGCAGAACACUGUCAUAACACUGGGCAGAUCACUGGCUGAACACUGGGCAGAACACUGCCAUAACACUGGGCAGAUCACUGGCAGAACACUGGGCAGAACACUGCCAUAACACUGGGCAGAUCACUGCCAUAACACUGGGCAGAUCACUGUCAGAACACUGCAAUAACACUGGGCAGAACACUGCGAACACUGCUAUAACACUGGGCAGAUCACUUUCAGAACACUGCAAUAACACUGGGCAGAACACUGCCAUAACACUGGGCAGAUCACUGCUAUAACACUGGGCAGAUCACUGUCAGAACACUGCAGUAACACUGGGCAGAACACUGCAAUAACACUGAGCAGAUCACUGUCAGAACACUGGGCAGAUCACUGCCAUAACACUGGGCAGAUCACUGCUAUAACACUGGGCAGAUCACUUUCAGAACACUGCAAUAACACUGGGCAGAACACUGCAAUAACACUGGGCAGAUCACUGUCAGAACACUGGGCAGAUCACUGUCAGAACACUGGGCAGAUCACUGUCAGAACACUGGGCAGAUCACUGCUAUAACACUGGGCAGAUCACUUUCAGAACACUGCAAUAACACUGGGCAGAACACUGCAAUAACACUGGGCAGAUCACUGUCAGAACACUGGGCAGAUCACUGUCAGAACACUGGGCAGAACACUGCCAUAACAUUGGGCAGAUCACUGCCAUAACACUGGGCAGAUCACUGUCAGAACACUGCAAUAACAUUGGGCAGAUCACUGCCAUAACACUGGGCAGAUCACUGUCAGAACACUGCAAUAACACUGGGCAGAACACUGCCAUAACACUGGGCAGAUCACUGUCAAAACACUGGGCAGAUCACUGCUAUAACACUGGGCAGAUCACUGUCAGAACACUGCAAUAACACUGGGCAGAACACUGCAAUAACACUGGGCAGAUCACUGCCAGAACACUGGGCAGAUCACUGCCAGAACACUGGGCAGAUCACUGCCAGAACACUGGGCAGAUCACUGCCAUAACACUGGGCAGAUCACUGCCAUAACACUGGGCAGAUCACUGUCAGAACACUGCAAUAACAUUGGGCAGAUCACUGCCAUAACACUGGGCAGAACACUGCCAUAACACUGGGCAGAUCACUGUCAAAACACUGGGCAAAUCACUGCUAUAACACUGGGCAGAUCACUGUCAGAACACUGCAAUAACACUGGGCAGAACACUGCAAUAACACUGAGCAGAUCACUGCCAGAACACUGGGCAGAUCACUGCCAUAACACUGGGCAGAUCACUGCCAUAACACUGGGCAGAUCACUGCCAUAACACUGGGCAGAUCACUGCUAUAACACUGGGCAGAUCACUGUCAGAACACUGCAAUAACACUGGGCAGAACACUGCAAUAACACUGGGCAGAUCACUGUCAGAACACUGAGCAGAACACUGCCAUAACAUUGGGCAGAUCACUGCCAUAACACUGGGCAGAUCACUGUCAGAACACUGCAAUAACACUGGGCAGAACACUGCCAUAACACUGGGCAGAUCACUGUCAAAACACUGGGCAGAUCACUGCUAUAACACUGGGCAGAUCACUGUCAGAACACUGCAAUAACACUGGGCAGAACACUGCAAUAACACUGAGCAGAUCACUGCCAGAACACUGGGCAGAUCACUGCCAUAACACUGGGCAGAUCACUGCCAUAACACUGGGCAGAUCACUGCCAUAACACUGGGCAGACUCACUGCCAUAACACUGGGCAGAUCACUGUCAGAACACUACAAUAACACUGGGCAGAUCACUGUCAGAACACUGGGCAGAACACUGCCAUAACACUGGGCAGAUCACUGCCAUAACACUGGGCAGAUCACUGUCAGAACACUGGGCAGAUCACUGUCAGAACACUGCAAUAACACUGGGCAGAACACUGCAAUAACACUGGGCAGAUCACUGCCAUAACACUGGGCAGAUCACUGUCAAAACACUGCCAUAACACUGGGCAGAUCACUGCUAUAACACUGGGCAGAUCACUGUCAGAACACUGCAAUAACACUAGGCAGAACAAUGUCAUAACACUGGGCAGACCACUGCCAUGAUACUGGGCAGAACACUGCCAUAACACUGGGCAGAACACUGCCAUGAUACUGGGCACAACGCUGCCAUGAUACUGGGCAGAACACUGCCAUGAUACUGGGCAGAACACUGUCAGAACACUGCAAUAACACUGGGUAGAACACUUCCAUAAUACUGAGCAGAACACUGCCAUAACACUGCCAUAAUACUGAGCAGAACACUGCUAUAAUACUGGGCAUAUCACUGUCAGAACACUUGACAGAACACUGCAAUAACAAUGGGCAGAACACUGCCGUAAUAGUAGGCAGGACACUGUCAUAACACUGGGCAGAACACUGUAAUAACACUGGGUAGAAAACUGCCAUAAUACUGGGCAGAAUACUAUCAUAAUACUGGGCUAUAGCAUUGGCUAUGUAUCAUGGAAGAAGGCAAAAACCUAACAUUUAGCUAUGUCCGUGGCUACUUACAUGUGUCACUGAAAAUGUUGGCUAGAAGGCAAGUGCCUUUGAAAAAAACUGAUACUCCCACAAUAAUUUUCAAAUAAGGCAGGCACCGUUUUAUUAACAUUGCAAUUUUGCAACAGCUGGGGGAUCUGCUGCAUGGCCGUCCUGUAUGUUUUGGAGAAAUUUAGCUAUGAUGCUCAGCCAACAUUAGGGGAAAUGUAGGCUACAGCAGCUGUAAAGCAAGAGGUUAUCCACCAAUCUAUAAUGUGUCUUGCUGGAGGGUGGAGGAGUAGGAUCCCAACAAAACAUAGCCAAGGGUAAUGUAAUUCAAUACUGUUACUUGUUCACCCAAAAGAGUAGCAGCAUUCCAGUUGGAAUUGAACCUGUUUAAAGUCUCCCAGGCAUUGGCUUCAGACACAGUUAUUCACUAGUCUGUCCAAUGCCCUGACGGGCUAUAGGUCGCCACCCCCAGCAUAUUCAUUUAAUGAAGUGAAAUAUCGCCCUCUCAGUGCUAUAGUGAAAGCAGAGAGGGGAUGACUGGGGGCAGCGCGCCUUAUUCAGAGGCCCGUCCGUCACGUGACUCCAGUCUCUGCCCUCCCCGGCCCUGCCUCUCUCCUGUAGCCUCUCCUCCUCCUCCAUCCCUCCCUCCCCCUCCCUCCAGCCUGAGACGCUUGUUUUUUUUUUGUUUUUUUUUCAAUGGACACACACAGUGUUUGCGUUAACCCUAUCGUCGCCCUAUAAGCCUGCUUAGCUGGGGCUACAUUCUUAAUGGGAGUAUAGCUUCAGGCAAGUAAAUGUAUAGAAAUGGCUAUAAAGACAACAACCAUAGGGCAACCCUCCUAUAAAAUCAACAACAUAAUUAUCAACAUGGAAAAGUCACAAAGCUCUUUUUCUGGGUUAUUUAUAAUAAAAUAAGUGUAAUUGCUGGCAAAUAAAAAAAUAUAUAUAGUACUUUACACAUAUAUUAUGAACCACAAUGAAUGCUUCUGCAACGUAUAGCAUGACGAUGCAUAUAUGACGGGGUCAUAAAAACAGAACAUUUCAGUGCCUGUGACAUUUCAGUGCCUUUAGUAAUUAAUAUUGAGGGUUUAAAACUGCUCACUUUAGUGCUUUUGAUAAAUAAACUACAUGCUAGUAUGUGAGUAGUUUUUAUUGCUGAGUAGUUCUAUUCCCUGUGUCUUUAGCAUAAGAAUGACAUUAGAUUAUUGGAAGGAAGACUCACCCCACCUGGCAAAGCACGAUAGCAAACAAGGCAGGUGUAGAUGUGGACUUACAGCUAUUUGAUUUUCCAAUACCCCCAGUAACUAUAUAAAUAUGUACUAUAGAUGGAUCAAAAUGUCAGAGAAUUGCAUUUGGUAAAUUGCUUUUCAUGUUGAGCAGUGAGCUACAAAGUUAUACAUAUAUCAAAAUCGAUGUAAAGAAAAUAAUAAUGUGUCAGACAAGAUUAGAAGAACUCAUAAAUCAGUAGAAGCUUGAUGUAUUAUUACAGCCACGUAGGAAACCUUUCUCCCCCCACCCAAUCCCAGUACUUUGCACAUCAAAGUAUCAGUAUACACAUACGCCCUAAGUAUCAGUACCAAAAUACAUACAUUAUUUCUAGCAGAAGGAAUGUCUGCUGUGUAUACAUCCUUGCCACAAAUCUCUAUCAUGUGUUAUUCUGGAAUUCUGAGACAUAGCGUGAAGUGAUUGGUUAAACCAUGCCAUGCUGUGUGGGGUCUGGGCCAUACUAAUAUGUGAAGGGGGUAUCUCUGAGUAACAUUUCCUAUAUAUUUCAGAAACAUGUCCACAAAGGACUGGAGAGAGAAAAUAAAAGGAGAAAAUCAAGUGGUUUUGAUUAAAAUUGACAUAUUAAAUAAGUAAAAACAGUUUAACAGCAAUGUUUUCUUUGUACAAAAAGGUUGUCAGUAAAGAAGAAAGACUCUGGCAUCCCCCAGUAUUCUCCCACAAGCACAUUGUCAUUAUUUGUGCAAGCCUGGGAAUUUAGACUGGACCUCCCAGUAUUUAUUCCAAUUUAGGGCCAAGUUGCAUCUUUCUUUCUUUCUUUUAUUUAUAAAAGGAUCUCUCUCUCUAUUUCUCUGUGUUUUGAGCAGAUCACUCCGCGUGAGCUUUAAAAACGCGAAAAUCUUGUAUUUAGUAAGAGUAUCAAGUAAGGGUGUCCUGAAAAGGAAAGGGGGUAGAUAGUAUAAUCGGAUCUUGCAUUUCAUAAGACGGAAAGCAUAGAAGGGGGAGAGACAAGGGAACAAGAGUAAAAGGCUACUAAUGGCUGGAUUGCAUGUGAGAGAGGGCUGGAUCCCUUUAAGGCUCCCCCUGAAGCUGGGAGAUGCACACACAAGGCUUGUCUGCCUGGGUGGUCCCUCUACUUUGGUGAGCUGUUGCUAAGCAGCUAAUAAUAGUCAUGUUUGUUGAGUAAUUUCUGCCCUCCUCUAGCCAAUGGGAUUCCAGAAAUCCCAGCCAUCUGACAGCCCUUGGGGCGGCUCUUUUUGGAUUCUCCCCUCCUUUCCUCUUUCUCCAAAUGGAGAGAGAGUUUUUCUUCUUCCCUCCCCCCUCCUUCUCCUGCAUCUCAUCUAUUGAAGCAAGGAAAGAGCAAGGGAGAAAGAGAGCACACAGGCAGCCCAGCGAGUCUCUCAGGGCCCCCCGAGCUACAGAUUAGGGAUUUAGGUGCUGCUUGGAAAGUCAUGGUCACUGCCUGCACCCAGAGAACGUCGCUUAGCUAAGGAAAGAAUAAGCCCCCAGUCCUCCAUUGCCUCAUUUAUGAAGCCAGCCGUGCAGCUGCAGUGAAACAGGCAACCAUAGGCACCACCAGGAGCAAAGAACACUUGGGUGUCGUACCCUGAAGGGGAGAUCCAGGCUGUUUGAGAAGUCAUCCUCCACACUGUGUGCUGCCUAGCCAGGCAGUGGUUCCCCAGCUUGUGUGUUUGGAUGAAGAAGCAGUCUGUGUUUAGGUGCUUCUGGUUUGUGUUCCUAGUCCCUCCAGCCUGUGGAUUCAUGCAGAUUGGUGUGAAAAGCCAGGUCACAGGGAGACCCGUUCAGUGAUCUCUGGCAAGGCUAGUGUGCUCCCCUCCCCAGCUCUCACACAUAAACAAACAGAUUCUGAAUGUGGGAAGCUGCAGAGACCCCCGGAUCGCGAAAUGUGGGGAUGGAAGGCGCAAAGUGUGACUCGCCGCCCUCUACAUCUUCGCCUGGAGCAGCAUGAAGCAGAGCCCGCUGAGAGCCGUGCCAGCCGAGGAAGAAGAAGAAGUUACCGCCUGCACCCCUUCUUUUCCCCCACCAGGAUUGACACCUCCCUGCACCAGCUAAGCCUCGGGGGGAUCACGGAGUACAGUCCCCGGGCUGCCCCCCAUCACUGCCCUACUCGGCCACAACAUGGCCUCGGCUGCCUAUGCUACUGAAUUGCAGGGCAGUGGGGAGCCAGCUGCCCGACCGAGGGUAAUCAGGCGGAGGGGAAGAAACAGAAUUGUGUCGCCGCCUGACCUGGACUAUCUUCAGCGGCCGAGUUACUGCGAUGCGGAUUUCGCUCUGCAGCAAAUCUCGGAGGUAAGUGCACAUCAUCGCUACAUUUAUUUGAUACCCACUGUAAACAAACGCUUGGACGCACUUUCCUUAUCCGUGAAGGGGUUAAUGAGCGUUAGUGGUCCGGAAUGAUAGCGUUUUGGGACUAUAGUAUUAGCAAUGACCAGACUGUCAAUUUAUAUACGUAUUUCAGCAUGUAGUAAUAGUAGUAUGGAAAUGUAAUGACAUGUUGAUUUUUACGAUCAUUGAACUAGACCCAUUGGACCAAAUCAGUCAAGCACUGUCCUGGGUAAGAGUUCUAAACGUGGAACGUUCAGCAGGAACACUUCUUAGGGUUCCAUGGCGACUGCUCCCCUUUUAGAACGUUGUCCCAGCACUGAUGUUUGUAUAGGUAACAUAGAAGAUGAUGCUCACAGUGCACCAUUCAUGAGGAUUCGGAAGACCAGGAAGCAUCAUCUGCUGCGUUUGUGACCUUGCUUACACUUUGUGCAAAGCUGUGUCCUUAACAGACACUCAUCUGGAUUUCUCGCUUGCAAAUUCAAUGUUUGUGUUAUGAUCCCAGCUUCGUACCUCUCCCCCUCCUCUUUAUUUUUUUUUAAAUAAAAUUUUGAAGUGCCGCCAAGCUGAUUUUGUGGGUUUUAAAUGGUGUAUUUUCCUGGAUCUAAUCCCACUCCUGUUGGUGGGAGUUAUUGAAUAAUACCUCCGGCGGCUUGGAAAGUAAGAAAACUGAGAGUUGUAAACAAAUUGGCACAUUGGGUCAUUGUUGUGCUUGUACGGGAGGACCCCUUCUAGCUGGCUUUAGAUCUGGAGGAGAGUGUUGGGUUAGGGGUGGGCUCUCCAUGCUCCUUAUGCACACAGGUUCUAUUGUAAACCCACCCAGGCAUCCUGUUUGUUUCCACAGUGUAUCUGCCACAGGGGAUAGUUCCCCCUUUUUUUUUUCCUCCGAAGCUGUGCAGUGGGGAAUGUGUAAGAGGGAGAGAGACAAGAAAAGGCCAUGUGGCUGCCCUCUUCCGUUCACAAAUAGUGUCGUGAGUUUCAGUUGGCUGCUCUGUUUCCUAAUUCAGAUCACACAGCAGCUCGAAACUGCUAUGGGAAUUACUAAAUUCAUUUCUAACCACGUGGAUUGUACUAUACUACCAAGCACACACUGAUAUGAUACAAACAAUACACUGCCUAAGCACCCUAUGAGGGCUGCCUAUCACGGGGAGCACCCUAUCACAGCUGCAAAAUGUAGUUCAUAUCUCUGUUUUACAAAUGCAGUUUUUCAGUGGUAAAUAAUUUCUCGACACAAUUGUUUUUUUUUUUUUUUACACCAUUGAGUGUAACAGUGACAAUACAGUGUUUUCAUUAAUCAUUCUUAUUUAUGUACAAGUUAUUUUAAAUCAGUCCAAAUGCCAAUGAAGGCUAAUCUCUCAUUAACUUCCCAUAAUAUUCAUUCAUUGACCUUUGUACCUCCUCUACUUCUGAAUGUAGCAAGACUCUUCUUUUUGCUAGUUAAGGGCACAAUAAACAUUAGGAGUCACACGAAUGAUAUAUGCUUAUGUUAUAACUUGUCCUAGGGUAGUCAGAUGUGAACUUUUCAUAUUGCAACUCCUGAAUCUUGACCCAAUUUGUGAUUAGCAGAUGUGUGUGGGAUUUGAAAGACAUUAAUCCCAGUAGAGAUGUACUUGCUGUAUCUGCAUUAUUAUUUAUAAUUUUAUGUUAUUUUCCAGCCUGACUUUUAAAGACCACUUUUAAAGACACUGAUAUGGUAUAAAGCAGAUACUUGUGUCUUCUACAUAUGCAUAGUGUUGUGAUGAAAAGAUUUUGGAAAUUUGUGCGGUACCCCAAAAAUAACAUAUUUACAUGCACCUCUUCUUCACUUACUAACAUAAUUUAUAAUCACAUUUCUUUCAUCUCACAUCAUUUAUUUUUGCCACCAUUUAUAGAAAGUACAUUGCACAUAUUUGGAUUAGCAUCUACACAUUCUAACUCUUUAUUAAUAUUUUAGUUUACCUUGGUGAAAAAAAAUCUAUUAACCUAUAUCAUUAUAAAUGGCUAUGUUGAAGCAGAAUGUUUACAUUCAAAAGCAAAUUAUGAUGAAUUAAAGUUUUUAAACUUGUACCCUCUUUUUAACCUGGUAUUUUGUCUUACAGGGGAAGGCUACAGGCAGAAAAGCUCCAUUGUGGCUCAGAGCUAUGUUUCAAAGACUAUUAUUUAAACUUGGUUGUUACAUACAAAAAAACUGCGGAAAGUUUUUGGUUGUGGGCCUUUUGAUAUUUGGUGCUUUUGCUGUGGGAUUAAGAGCUGCAAAUCUAGAGACUAAUGUUGAAGAGCUUUGGGUUGAAGGUAAGAAAUCUUUUCAUUAUUAUUUGUUGCUUGGAAUAAAGGUGCCCAGUUUUGAGUCUUACAUGUCUUUUAGCUGUUUAAAUCUUUGAUGUCACCCGAAAGGCGUUAUAUAGUAUGAUUAGACGAACAAUGUUGAGUUGCCCAGCCAUGCAAAAUGCAUAGCAAAUAAUGGCAUGAGACUGGACCAGUCCACUUUCAGGUGGUUUAGAAUGUAUGUAUUGAUUUACAAUGUUUCAGAGGCACAGUAUUUCAAGGGAUCAUUUUUAGGCCAGAUUUCAGUAUUAAUGUGAAUGCAUUCUGGAUGCUUAUUUAAAAAAAAAUUUAAACAUUGAUUUUGAUCAGUCUAUCCUUUACAGUGUUUCACUAGUUUAUUUAAUCAAUGUUUUGAUUAGAAAGUUAUAUUUGCUGGGUGUUUUUGUUUCAGCUCAUAGUGUGCAUAGUUUUUCACUUUUGGUGUAUUAGGAUUUAAACCAGUUAUUUGCUGAGUGAAAGACUAUAGCAGAAAGACUUGCACAUUGCAGCCUGUAGGGCCCUGUGUGUGGUCCUGUGUUGGAAAGCUUUCAAGUUUUUACUUCUAGGGGGAAGGGAGUGUGGCGCAUAUGUCUCAAGGUAAAGGAAGGGUGGGGGUGCAGCAGAGAAAGGGGAGUAGCAAGGCACAGGCCAGAACACAUGUUUGUUAAUUAGAUUAAUGUUGCUUUGGAAGGUGGCUUGUUUUAAUGGAAUUAUUCAUUAAUGAUUACUUUUUAACCAGCACAAAGCUGAGGCUUAGUAGUGGCAUGAUAAUGUGAGAUUUUGUUUUUAAGCAGAUUUGUUAUUCUUUUUCAGUUCCAUAAUGUAUAAUGUGUACUGUAUAUUAUCAGAAAUACCAUUUUUUACAUGUUGUACCAAUAAAGACAACUGAAAUACAUUUUACAUUUAUUUAUGUGUACAGUGGUGUAUACAGUCAUUUUGAGCUCCUGCCUAUGCUCCAAUAACAAACUUGCAUAAUUGAACACAGUUUAAUUUUCUAAGGCACAUAUGAUCACUUGUAAAAAGUAAGACCUAUAAGGUUAUUUAGUAAAGCAUGAUUUUUGGAUUUAUGUGAAGUCAAUUUAAAAUUUUAGGUCAAAAUAGUAAAAUUGUUUUCAGUUUGGUUAUUAUAUGCAAAUUCACUUUGAAUUCCCAACAACUCACAAUUUAAUGAAUAACUUGCCCAGACUCUCCUUUUACACCUAAUUUGGAUGUCUGAAAUAUUUGUCCUAUCGCAGUAACCUCAGAAAUCAGUAAUAAUAGAAAUCAGCUUCCAAUUGGUUAAAUUUUGGGUACAAAGUGUUUUUGCAAUGCUGCUGUCUAUGCCAAGCGCACUGUUGAAUGGCUGCAUGAAAGAGAAGGCCCAGUUUUGGCUUCAAUUUGACUUGUAUAUAGGUUUGUGCUAGCUGACUGGUUACAUGCGUCAAGAUCUUUGUACAGUUCAUGUGUGCAGGCAAAAGAGCGUAAUCAAAAUUUCCUCUGCACUUAAGCCCCACCCAAUUAAAUUUUUUGUUUGUUUGUUUGUUAUAGAGUAUGCAAUUUUGUUGUGGUAUUAUUGGGCGUAGAAGUUAUUCUCAAACUGUGGGGAUGGAUGGUAAUAGAGAACUAAUAUAUUUGGCCUGAAUAUUUUUAUGGCAGAUUGACUUUGUGAGCGUUGAGGUAUUUAUGGUUUUAUGUAAUCUGAUUAAAAUUAUAUUUAUUAUAUUAUUAAUUUUUCAUAAACCCAAAAUAAAAUGCCCCAGUCUUAUCUAAUAAUAUAUGUGUCUGUGUCUCAUUCUAUAGUAUUUACAUUUACUGCUAUACACGAAGCACAAACACGUUUACAGGGGACUUCAGAUAUGUCAAGGCUUAAAGCACUGGCUAAGUGGUUUGUUUAGGAUUAUAAUUUUUUUUCCCGAUCAUUUCUGUAUUUCUCAAUAUACAAAAAUGUACCAUUCUAUUAAAUCUAAGGUUUCUUUAAAACCAAUACACCUGUAUUAAUCAUUUGUGACACUUUACAAACAAAACGUAUUGUCUGUCCAUGAAAAUGUUUUCACUAGUAGUAAACUGUGGUGAAUUGAAAACUGAAUUGGAAAAAAAUUAGACCAGAGUAGCCAAGAUGGAAUAUCAGUUAAAUUGGAAAGUGUCUCAAAUUUGAUUUGGCAAUUACGAUUUUACUUUGCCGUAAACAUACUGUUACUAUAAAAAUACUGCUCAGUAGUAGUUAAAGGAACACUAUAGUGUCAGGAAACAAACAUGUAUUCCUGACACUAUAGUCCUGAACUGGCUGUGUAGGUGACCGUCCCCCUCAGAUCUCCAUUGUUUUCUCCAACGCCAGACUUGUCAUGGCUGAGCCAACCUGACUCCUCCUGGAUGGCUGACAUUAUGAAUCUUGAUAAUCUCAGCAACUCCAAAGCUUUCGGUGCUCCAAUCAGCAUCUCCUCAUAGAGAUGCAUUAAAUCAAAGCAUCUCUAUGGGGAACAUUCAGCCUCUCCAUGCAGAGCGUGGAGACCCUGAAAGCCACUAGGAAUCACCUCUAGUGACCCUCUGAGUAACUGCCACUAGAAGUGUGACUAGGCAACAAUUUAAACACUGUCUUUUCUCUGAAAAGGCAGCAUUUAAAGUGUGCAGCAUUCAAGGACAGGCUAAAUUAAACUGUAGUGGUUCUGGUGACUAUAGUGUCCCUUUAAAAAAAGAAAUAGAUUCCUAACCUGAACCUAUGUGGGCAUGCUGGGCACUCAACAUAUUCUGAUGGUUUAAACAUUACAUUUCUUCACUGUACAGAGAAACAAAGAAGAUGUAGUCAUUAGAUAUUCCUGACUGAAAACCAAUAUAUCCCAUGGUAACACUUAACAAAUGUAUAAAGCGUAUCAAGCGCUACGGAAUCUGUUGGCGCUAUAUUGUAAAGCGCUACGGAAUCUGUUGGCGCUAUAUAAAUGGCAAUAAUAAUCAAACAGUGCUGUAACUUUAUCAAAAUAGCUGUAAAGUAGUGUUUUUUAUUCAACUUACCAUUAUUGUAUGGCAAGUUAUACAGUCAAGGAUAGUGUAUGUCCCAUUCUGACUGGCUGCAUGACCAUUAUUUAAAUGAUUAUCACAUUUAGGUUGAACUGUUGAUAUAUAAUAUAACUGUCCAUAUAAUAUGUAGUGUUAUUGUUUGACAUACUAAGGUAAAGACUUUGAGGGAUAUAAUUUUACCAGAAAGCUUGCUAUUAGCUGCUGUUCACUUAAACUUAAACUUAUGACUUUUCCAUAUAGUUAGAAUCUUAAACAAAAUUGUGGUGUUUUGGCUGGAAGGAUGGUUAUUCUGUGGGGUUUUGUAGUCCAUGUGGUGUUAUUCCCCCACGUAAGCUGUGGUUAUGCAUGUGGGUUGGGGGGAGUGGAGUACUUUGUGAUGGUACAUGUCAGGGUAAAAUAAAUGUGGUGUGUAAGGGUAAAAGCUAUCUGUGAUGUCUGUGUAUAUGUGUAUAUGUUGGGGAUGUGUGCCUGACAUAGAUGGAUUAUAGAUCAUCUGUGACAAGACAGAAAGAAAAUAACAUUUAAAAAAGUUACACGUGUUCUCAUAAAUGUUUUGUAAUUAUCAUACAUGACAAUUAUAGUACUGUGUGAGAAAGAUUUAAAAAAAAAAGGAAUAAAUGCAGCAGAGCUGUUAUUUUCUGCUAAAUGUAAUGCAUCAGUCUUUGCUCUCUGUCCUCAAAUGCCCCCAUCUGGCCCGGUCUGAAACAUAUGCAUACCUGACUGUGCCAGUGACUCAGUCCAUUUAGAUAGCAUUCUAGUAAAUAAUGAGAUGCUAAAUGGUUGUAAAAUGAUGGUGUCUGCUUUUAUAUCGGUAGCCAGAGAAGCGGUACAAAAUAUGGUAAUAUUUUAAAAUCCUGUGUACUUGAGCCUCAUGGAGCAAUGUUUUAAAUGUUUAACUUUCCAGUAAAAUACACCUUCUGAAAACUGCAUUGACUGUCAACCUUACAGACAUUUAUAUUCUCAAAGGCCUAUAGGUUAUACACAAUAGCAAUUAAACUACUACAAACUAUUAAGGCCCAUCCUAGCAGUUCAACUGCAGUUCCUAAAAUCCAUUGUGCAAUAAAGCAGAAUAUAUUGGUUUAAUGCACAUAAAAACAAUAAUACAUGGUGUCUAUUAAAUUUAGUUGAAUGGAAACAUGAGGUGAGAAGGGUUCUGCUCAAACACAUUUGCCUAGAAGCACUGAAGUAUAGUUGGGCAAAUAGCAUAGUGCAACAUAUCCAGAUGGAUAGUUCUGGAACCACCUAUAUACAGUAUAUGUGUAAAUAAUGAGAUAAAAUGUAGCUGUGAAGUAAAAAAAAAGUGCAAACUAAGUAGAGUGCACUCAGUGGGACAGAUUGUAUGAGUAAAAAGGUGCUACCCUCUGGAAAUUGAUUUGGUUUUAGGUAAUACUUUUAAAGUUCUGGAAACUAUAGAUAAUUCUGAUAGUAUUACAGUGAGAAGUGAAAAGUACUAGUGGUUUUGUCACUUUGCAGAUAAAAAUUAGAUUGUAAAGCCUGAGGAAAGUAGAAUGCGUUCAGCAUUGGUGUUGCCAUACCUGGGGUUUGUUUUAAGAAGUCUCUAAUUUUGUGAUUUUGGGAUAGUAAGGUUUAGCAGAGAAAAGCCAGGUUUAUACGAGUUCCUUGCAGCUUAAUAGAAUGGAAAUUAAACAUCAUGAAUAGAGAUUAUUUUAUAUGGUCUUUUGCUUGCUACAUCUUUGUUUAACCCCUUAAGGACACAUGACAUGUGUGACAUGUCAUGAUUCCCUUUCAUUCCAGAAGUUUGGUCCUUAAGGGGUUAAGCAGCAUUAUAACCUCAUCUCAUUUGUUUUACACGGUCUAUGAAUAGGUGGUAAACUCUGCUCAACUAAAAGCUAAAACCCUCUCAGCUCACUUUGAGUUUUAGUGGCAUGCUCAUAAGCUUAUAGCAUUCACAACUUUGCUACUAUCAGCUUAUUCACAGAUCCAUUCAGUAUUUUUUAAGCAGUGUAGUGUGCAGUGAUCUCAAAAGCUGUAAACCCCACAUGUGGCAAGCAGCGACUUGGGUUCAAUCCAGAGCUGGGGAGAGAACAGGAGGGAUGUGAUACGCAUGCACCAGCCCAGUGAGUAUAAGUACACACAAGUACUGACAAUCUUGGAAAGCAUAGUAAGACGUAGAAAUUCCUCCUGUUUACCCAUUUCCAACAGUUCUUUUAGCCCAUUUUCUUUAUUCUAUUUUAGAAGCAUGGAUGGAAGGGUCGUAACAAGAAUGGCCAUAAGUUACUAGGAGGAUGUGCAUGGAGUUUAGGCAGAGCAAUGUAUACAGUUAAACUACCAGCUAAACUAUCAUGCAAAAUCAUAGCCGUCCACCAGGUGGUGAUUAUAUAUUUAUGAAAGUAGAAGUAGCAGGCCAAGUUUCAUUCAUGGUUAUGCUUGACCACUGGCAGUAAACCAGAGAGAUAGUAAUUAACUUAACUUCACAUGGCAAAUAAUCCAUACAGCAGUAUGUAGCAUUUCAUUCAUGAAAACUGAUUCAUUUAGAGUGGUAUCUAUAUGCAAUGCAAUGACUAAUUUUUUGUAGUCGCAUGCAAACUCGAUUUAAUGUCUGGUGGAUUAUUUAAGGUGAUGCCCCAACAGUAUGCAAAAGCUAAACAUGCCUGAAAAUAAUUCUAGUUUGACAAUUAUAGUUAUAAUUAUAAAAUAACAUUUCAGAAAUGUUUAGCUCUAAAUCUUAUCACAUGCUUUUUGUUUUGUUUUAUUUAAAGCAGGGGGUACUAAUUUAUUCUCCUCUAAACAUUUACUGGUCAGUGGUGAAAUAUAGGGUUGCUAAAUUAUGCAUGUGCUUCUUCUUGGGACAUCAAUCGACUAAUUACAGCAGUUUCUUUGGGAUCAAGACCAAAUUGAUUUAUGAAUUUAACAUAUUAUGGUCACAAUAGUCCAAAAUUACAUAGCAGGUAAAUUCCAAAUCUAAUACAUACAGAUAAACUGUAUUUAUUCUUGCAAUUUUUUUUUUAGAGCCGAUUACAUUUAGCCUAUAUUACCUUUUAAACAACACCAACUAAUUUGUAGAAUCUGGUGUUCUUUUACUGUAACUGUCACCCUGCCACCAGAGAUGUCCUUUUCCCCUAGAGUAGAGAGCGCUGAAGUAUUCCCAACCAUCAAUCCAAGCAGUGAAGAGUAGGCAUAGCUGUAAAGCUCUUAUAAGAGCUAGUGAUAUAGCAUGUAUAGUAGGUCCCUACAAACACGAGGCAAGGCUCUAUGUUGAGUGUAAAGCAGGACUGGUUUAAUGGUAACCACACUGGUGUUUUAUGCAAGUCCCCAAGCAAGGUGUAUGCCCAUAUGGACCUUGUUGGGGACAGGGACACAAAAUUAUACACCAAUGAUUACACGUUUACACUGUAAGGCACAUUGUAUGCCACACAUAGCAUACAAUCCCCUCCCCUCUGCCUAGGAAAUAAUUAUCUCCAGGCCGAAGUAUUUUGCAAAACCCCAAAAACACAUAAAAUACCCACAAGAGUUUCAUCCCCUGGGUAACCAACAUAUCCAAAAAUCACCCAGAUCAGUUCAGGGGUUCAGAAAUUCUAUGGAGGUCUUAUUUUGACCCGACUGCACGUAUAGUUUCAUGCCCAGAGCAGUUCCAGAGAAUCAGGCUGUGCAGCCAGUCUACUUCGAGGAUUCUAAAUCCUCGUGGCCGUUGGUGAAUAUAAUUAUUAUUUUUAUUAUUAUUAUUAUUAUUUUAUUAUUUAUAUAGCGCCAUCACAUUCCGUAGCGCUGUACAUUCAGUGUAUCUCUCUUGGUCUGGAGUUUCUUUUCACCGAACGCCGUUCGACUCUCGUUCGAAUAGUCGAACAUCCAUGGAAGGUGAAACUUUAGCGGUGUUCGUGCCGUCGCUUGUCCGAUUUGAGUUCCAUGAACUCGACGACCAAACACCGCUCAUAGUACUCGCGGCUUAAGAUGGCCACUGCCACGUCUUCGAAUGUCGAAUUGCGACCACUUCGACCUGUUUUGACUGUUCAGGAGUUCGAAGGGUAUUGAGUACAUAAUGUUAAUAGGUGGCACAUUUCUUGUUCGGUAAGGGGAUGACAGGGAGAAAUAAAAUAAAGGGAAAUGCAAUGUCCUGAGCAUAUAGUUGAAUGCAUAAACAAAAAAUGAAUGGUAAUCCAUGGUUAUAGUAAUCCGUCACAGUUACAUUUUGUGUGUUCAGACAGCCCCUACGCCUAGGCCUCCCAUCCAUUUCACAAAAUCUUAUAUAAAUCAUAUACAAUGUGAGUGUUAAUGGAGUGAUGCAUUAUGUGAAAUUGGACAGUGAUGCUGAAUAGGACAUCAUCCAGUUACAUGAGGUGAACACUGACGUUAAGCUGUUAUAUUUAGUAUAUUAACUUUUUCAGAGCUACAGGCAUUAGGGCAAUUUUACACCUCUGUGACACUCCAUGUAGAAGGAUUCAUUCACUGAACAAGUCAGCUGCUGCAAUAACAAGUAAAUAUGGUUCUUUAUGGUUUAACUCCACAGUAUGAAAGUUUCCAGAUGUAUGAAUCGACUGAUCCGUUUGUUUAGAUUAUGUUGUACAGCUGAUGACUAGAUUAGUGCUGGCUGGACAAAGUUGAGGGAGGUAUGUCUGGUUUUCACAAUGCCAUGUUUAUAUUUAAUUUGUGUUUCUCCCUCAAAGCUGACCUCCCCUUGACCUACCAGAUUUGCAUCCACAAAAGAUGCAAACAUGAACUAAUUUCAAAUUUCUAUUAACAACCUGAAUCAUUCGUGCAUAACUCUCAUGGUGCGGUUCCACUCAAGGUUUUUUGAGUUAGUAAAAAAAUCCAAAGGCUUAUGUGUAGUAUGGAUAAAUCAUACAUAAUUAGCGUCAAAUGUGCCCUUUUUAAAGUGUACGUUACAGCUAAAAAAGCUAUAUAUAUAUUUUAAUGCAUGUUAAAAAUAUAUAAAGCACUGUGGGCUCAAGGAUAUCCAGAAAAUGUGAAAAAGUAUAGCUGCAGUCACGGUUGAAAAAUAAAAUCUUCAAUACUUUAUUUGGUCAUUUAAAAUAAGGAUCGACGUUUCAGUCCAACUUGUGGACUUUCCUCAGGAUCAAAACAUAUAUAUAUAUAUAUAUAUACACUGCCUUAUAUAUUUUUAAUAUGCAUUAAAAUAUAUUUGUGACUUGUUUGGCAUACAUAGUAAUGGUCAUAAUUGUUUAUUUUGUUUAUAUGUCAUUUUUCUUGGAUAUAUAUGUUUGGUUUUCUUUUUAGAUGCUUGAGUAAUUACUGUAGCUAUUUUACUAUAGUUAAGAAUUCGUUGUCAACACAAAUAAAUGUUUAUUUACAUCUCUUGUGACCUACCAAGACUCACAAACAUGGCUCAAGGCCAAUAUAGAUCUGUGCCUCCCAAGUGUCUCUAUUUAUAUGGGACAGUCUCUAUUUUGGGCACAAAUCCAUCUAUUUAUCUUUUUUUACCAUAAUGCCACUCUUUUCUAGGAACUCCAUAUUUUUGGUGAGUUUGAAUGUACUGCCUAACAGAACUUCAAAGACGUAAUACUUACAGUAAUGUGUCUUUAAACUACUAUAAAUGUGUUUAGAAGUCCAUCUGUGUAAAUAAGAUAUCUUCUUAUUGUUAUAAAUUACAUUUUAGCUGCAUAAAUUAUUAUUAUUAGGAAGUCACUUAAAAUUUCUCAGAACAGCCAGCCUCUGGCCACACUCCCUCUCCCACAUCCCUAAAAAUUUACAUAUCCUUCUUUGUCUAUUUGAAAUGUUGGGAGGUAUGUAAUACAUUUUUGUGAUAAGAUGGCAAGCCUCAUGACUGAUUUAUGAAGACUGCACAAGAUUAUCCUAGUCUGUUGAUAUAAAGAUCAAAACCCCAAAUUCUCCAGGUGAGACUAAUAGAAUUUCCAGAUGUAACAAUACACACAGUUCUGAUAAGGUCUCAGAACCUCAAGGAAGCUUGAAUCUUUGUGCAGGUUCAUAUAAUACUACAACUUGUCUGCAAAAGAUUUCCAAUAAAACUGCAGAAUGUGACACAUUAAUCACCAUGCACAUAAUGAGUUAAAUGUAGCAAUUUAUCAUACUGAACUUGGAGAACAAAUAUGAGCAGUGUGAUAUUUCCUGGCAUACUUCCUUCAAUCCUACGGCAAAUCAACUUGAAUUUGUGCUCCUGCUCCCCCUCUGACCCCUUGUAUGAGUUACCCCCCUUUGCCAAUUUGCAUUCAAAGGGUUAAACCAGCCUAAUGUACUUUAAUUUGUGUUGCAAAGCAUACUGAAUGGGUUCCUUCAUAGAUGCCCAAAGUUAUUCUGUAACUGCUCCAAAUAAGCCACAUCCCUCUUCUUUUCCAGGUUUUAAUUGAACAUGUACACACGCAUACAAAAAGUAAUAGUGUGUAAAUAUGCAAUAAGUAAUCCUGUGCCUUUAUAUAGAUUUUUUUCCUUCUUCCAUAUUCAUUGCUUAAGGGUUUUUUGGCCCCCAGCUCAGGAAUCCAAACCAAAAUGCCAGAAGUAUUACACAGUCAAAGAUUGCAAUGUAAACAGAGCUCUCUGCCAUAAGAACAGGGUGGUCCUUUUUUCAGAUUAGGAGGGGGAGAGGAGGAAAUAUGCCUCAGCUCACAGCACAGUAGUUGUAGUGUUAUUUGUGUUUUGGCUGCAGUGUUAUUUUUUCUUUGAGUUACAGUAAAGGAGAACUGACGAAUUAAUAUUUUUGACUGGCAAAGACCAGUAUCUGAAAUGAAAUGAAGAUGCUGUAUCGCUAAAUGUGGCAUUAUCAUUGCUUACCUUGGCAUGCCCAAAAUUCAGAAAAGGAAGUAACCGUGGGGCAGUUUUUGUGUGUGUGUGUGUGUGAUAUACAUAUUCAUUACAUAUGCACAAUAUCAAGAGGAAGAAAAUACUAAUAAAAAUAUUGUCACUUUCAUAUAUGUUCAUAAUUAAUAAUUUAGCUUAAAGAAACACUUUACUGUCAGGAAUACAAAUGUGCAUUACGGACACUAUAGUGUUAAAAACAUUUUAGGUGGUCAGCCCUCUCUUACCCUCCUUGAAAAGUUAUAAAACUUACCUUUUCCCAGUGCCAUGAGGGUCAAACCUUUUUAUGAAUGAACAAAUUUUAAUGAUAUUUCAUACUGAAUGCUUAAAGGGACACUGUAGUCACUAUAAGCAUUUCAUCCCUUUGAAUUGGUUUUAGUGCCUGGAGUACCCUGGCACUGUCCCUCCAUUCAGUGUUGCACCAUGUUCGUGCAGUAUGCCACAAAAUAAGAGUCCCUGGCCACCCACAGUCCGGCCCCUUCAGUAUGUGUAGCUAAGGCAGAGAUUACACACUUCCUUGUUGUCAUACCCAUUCAUACCGUCAGUUGGAACUCUGACAGGCUAAAAGCAGUCAGCUGACACUCUCAGCCAAUCACAGCUGCCUAUUGCUGCUCAGGCUAAUACUUCCUUAUUAGCCAAAGCAGCACAGAGGGGAUGGAUUGCCAGGGACUCUUGUUUAGCAUUAAAACAUUAAAACUUUAAAAACUGUUUAAUGCUGAUAGAAAUUAUGGGACCAGAGGACUCCAGACACUAUAACCAGUUUAAUGAGAUGAAGCAGAUACAGUGCCUACGGUGUCCCUUUAAAGGGACACUAUAGUCACCAGAACAACUACAGCUUAUUGAAUUUGUUCUGGUGAGUAGAAUCAUUACCUUCAGGCUUUUUGCUGUAAACACUGUCUUUUCAGAGAAAAUGCAGUGUUUACAUUACAGCCUAGUGAUAACUUCACUGGCUACUCCUCAGAUGGCUGUUACAGAUCCUUCCUGGGUCAUGGCUGCCUAAAAUGCAUCCAAACAUCCAGUGUCUCAUCCCUCUGCAUGCAAACACUGAACUUUCCUCAUAGAGAUUCAUUGAUUCAAUUUAUCUAUAUGAGGAGAUGCUGAUUGGCCAGGGCUGUGAUUGAAUUGUGCUGGCUCUGCCUCCUUGUCAGUCUUAGCCAAUCCUAUGGGGAAGCAUUGUGAUUGGAUCAGGCCACCACUUCUGAUGUCAGAGGUCAGAGGAAGUUCACAGGCAGAGGCAGCAGCUUCAGAUGUGAAUACAAGUAAGAUUUUACUAUCUUUAGGGAGGCAAAGGGGGCUAGAUAGUGGUUUUAACAUUAUAGGGUCAGGAAUACAUAUUUGUGUUCCUGACCCUAUAAUACUUUAAUGUAUGGAGAUUUAUUUGACUAGCUACAAAACAUGACCUCUUUUAAAUGAGCUCCAUUUGCUUCCUCACAAAGUUGGGCUCUUUCAAUUGCCUUGCGUAUAACAUAAGUUCAUGUUUGAGGCUCUAGCGCUCAAAUAUCUCAUAUUCUCCUUGAGCUGCUCUAGUGUACUUGGUUUGUUCAUGUACACCCUCUCCUUCAGAUAUCCCCACAGGAAGUAAUCAGGAGCUAAAAAGUUGGGAACAUGAUGGCCAAUUAAUCUGGGAAUUUAUUUAAAUUGUCCACUCAUCGAACAGUUGUCUCAGGAGGACAGUUGUGGCACUGGCCGUAUAACAGUAGCCCUAUCGUCUUGAAACCACAUUUCAGGAUGAUUUUCCACUAAAAAACAUACAAUUUCAAUGCUAUCCUGAUAUCUUACACCAAUAAAAUUCCACUAUUUUGCUCGUUGUUCCUUCGUGUAAUUACCCAUGAUGAAUCUCUCAAGAUUCCGUUAUAACAUGUACAUGCAACAAUAAACUGUAACUACUAACAAAUACAUUAUUUACCUGUCAAAUCCUACUCUGAGUUUUGGUCCACUCUGUCUAGACGGCCCAUUGGUACAAAUUUUUAUAGUUUGGCCUGGUAAAAUAUAUUGCCUUUUUUGAUUGCUUUUUGUGACAUUAUAUAAACUUGCUGCUUAGUCUUUAUUUUACAUGGCUAAGCUUUGAAAAAUGCAUUUGUAAGCAUCCUCAAUUGAAAGGGAAACAUGACAAGUGUUUCCUCCAAGCACGACUUUGAUAGUAGUCCUACACUAAAACUGUUAUGAAAGGAAUAUUUAUAACAAACACAUCUUGCAAUUUGCAUUUAAUGUUUUUUUCUUUCAUAACGAUCCAUUAACUCACUAACCAUGAUAUAACCUUUACAUGCUUUGUUUUGUCCCAACUGAACUUGAGAGUCAGACAAUAUAAACGUUUUCCCUUGUAUUUAAACUAGUCUGUAGUUUGGCUCUAUAUACAGAUUUUAGGUUGGCCCUGCAAGGCAAGUAUCUCUGGACACUGAAAAAGAUGGAGGUGAUGAAAUGUUGGUACUGGAAUUUUCAUAUACUGAAUUUAUCUCAGACGUAACUGCUCAACUCCCUUUUCUCACUUAGGGCUUGAAGUAACUGUAAGCAGUAUGAGAUAAAACAGUGUAUAUGAUUAAUUACCUGCUUUCAACUAUGCUAUUCCCAGCACACUGUUACCUUAAUGCAAGAGAAAGAGUUUACCUUGGGAAAAGCAGAAAUGCUUGCAAUUUAUGACGAUAUCUGUGCUGCUACUUCUAAUUGCAUGUACUUUGCCUUCAUGUGAAUCUGGUGUGAGUCAUGCUGCAUAUAAUGAAAUGUAUUAAGAUAGGGCUCACUGUUGUGUUCAGGGGGGCAUAUCAGUAGGUAGUGGCAAAAAAGAUAAAAAAAUCUAAUUAAUUUGGAUAAAUCAUAACUUUUAUCACAUGAAUAGUGCCAUGAGUGCCAGGAAUAUUUACAUAUUAUUUGAAGAAUAUCAAAAUACAUGUUAUUUCGGAUUAAAAAUUUUGUUUUUUUAAAUGACUCUGAUCCUUGUUUCCUACCAAUUUAUGAUUUUUAUUUUCAAGGCCUCACUAAAUACAAUUAGUAAACAAUAUUAUGAGACAUAGAACCACUGCAGUAGACUUCACAGUCAUGGAGCUCAACACUUUUUGAUGAAUGCUUUCAUAAGUAUGCAAAUUUUACACAGUAUUCUGGCUUUGUUAAUCCCAAUAAACAUUGGAUAUGUAAUAGCCUUUGGGUUAUUAAAGUACAUCCCCAAAGAAAACUACACAAAUAAACAACCAUUUAAAUAUGGACACUUUUGACAUUGUUUUUGUGGAAUUGGAAUCAUUGCAUUAGCAAUGUGGUGAGAGCGGGCUAAGCCACAGGUGCUUGGGAUAUUUUGUCUGACGGUUUGGCCCAGAGCUGAGGGAUGGCACCAAGAGCCUACAAACUCCAUACCCAUGCAAUAUUAUGUAGCGGUGAUGGUGCUUAUACUGCCCUCUUAAAUACCAUUUACCUAAAGCCCAGCAACCCAACACAAAAGGUGAGGUAAAUUAUCCAGAUUUGUGUUGAACCAAUUCAGUUCAAACAAGUCUACUUAUUUGGGAGAGAAGGGCCAGGAAAAUGACCAUACACUUUUUAAUGAAAUUUAUUUUUAUUUAUUACUGGUACUUAUAAAGAGCCAACAGAUUCCACAGCGCUGUACAAUUAGUAGAGGAAGUAUAAUAUACACAGACAAAUACAAAAGGUAGAGAGGGCCCUGCCUGUAAACUGAUAUCUAGCCAUUGAAACUCUUUUAUGGAAAGUGCUUAGCUAGAUAGCACAUGAGUUUACAAUCUAAAGAUGUAUUAUAUUCCAAUGAGGGUAACCUCCAACAAGUCUUAUAUACCAAGAGUGUACCAUAUGUUUAAGGAAUCUCAAACACAGGGAAGGUCAUCAUGAGUCAGAGGAAGUUUGGGGGGUUUCAUUUAAAAACCUGACUGAAUUUUUAUGCAAUUAUGAGAAUGUGUUUGUAAAGGCUCUAAAAUAUCUCUGUUUUCCAGGGAAGAGUAAGCUUUUAAGAGAAUGGCAGCCACAAGCACCAUACUUCCUCCCGCCUAAAAUAUUCUUAACAUGUUUUGUGUCUUACAUUUGUUGUACAGGAAAUUCUAUUCACCUUAAUGGUCGCAGUGCAUUUGGACUUACCUUGUAGGUCACAUAUGCCUUUAUUGAUUGCCACCUUAGCCACUGCUGUUGGUGAUUAUCCUUUCUGAGAAAGAAACCAUUAAACAAUAAGAUUACAAGCAGCAGUGGUAACAAUGCAGUGAUCUGAUACAUGAUUUUAAAAAAGCAGUCCAGGGCUAUCAAAUAAUUGCAUCUGUAUACCUUGACUUAUGAUAUAGGUUUCUCAAAAGAAGUUGGUGGUGGUACAGGGCUGUUUUUUGUUUGCAAAAUAUGCAAUAUCUGAACAUUUCCGUGGUGGAUCAGUAUCACCAGAGGGACUUUAAAAAAUAAUAAUAACAAUCUUGUUCCUGUAAGAGGAAAACCAGUCAAAGAAUGUCAUACUGAUCAUGGCUAAAAUGAAGGCUACAACUGCACCAAAAAUUUUUAAUUUCCAAAGUACAACCUCUGCUGCAAUGUAAUUUGCUAGUACAGUGUUGAUAAACAGAACAGAUGCCAUUAGGAGUUCAAUGGAAUGUUCAAAACCAUUUACCAACAGAAGAAAUGGAGUCACCAGGUUAACACUUCAAGCCUAUUUUGAGAUGUUUAAUGGCUGUUACAGCUGACCGGUCAUACACAGGUAAGAAAAAAACAGGCAGCCAUCUUGUUACAUAUCCGUCUGAAGUGCUGCUCUUCUACAAUACAUCAUCGGAAUGAUAUAUAUUUGUCUUCUACGUUUAAAAAGUCAAUAGAAACGCUAAAUGUUAAGGACUGUUCCAGCAAGAAUAAUGUAAAUGGUAACCAGUUAAUGUGAAUUGGUCAGACCUACUUUUACUCACAAAAAUAUGUACUCUGCACAUUGAAUCCAGUGGCGUACAUACCAGGGUCGCAGGGGUCGCGGCUCUGACCGGCCCACCAUGGGGCCCGGCUGCCCUGCGACCCGGUAUGUACACAGUGUGGCCAGCCUCUUCUCCUGGGGGCGCCCAGGAGCCGGCCACCUCAGGGCCCCCCGAGGCUGGCCCUGGUGUCACCCUGCGGGCUGGCUGGCUGGCGGGCGUGCGAGGGAGCACUCUCCCCUGAGUGCUUCCUGUUCAGCUCCCUUGCGCGCCGCGCACUGAUACCGGAGCCGGAAUAUGACGUCAUCUGAGUGUGUGUGUCUGUUAACUAGUGUGUAUGCGUCUGUUCGUGAGAGUGUGUGUGUUUUCAUCACUUACCCUUCUCCAGUUCCGGACUCCCUUGGCGCUGGGAAUCCCUCCGCCCCGAGCCGCGCGCCUUCAAACCGCCCAUAGGAAAGCAUUACUCAAUGCUUUCCUAUGGAAGUUCAACGACUUCUCAUUGUGAUUUUCACAGUGAGAAUCGCAGAAGCUCCUCUAGCAGCUGUCAAUGAGACAGCCACUAGAGGCUGGAUUAACCCUCAGUGAAACAUAGCAGUUUCUCUGAAACUGCUAUGUUUUCAGCUACAGGGUUAAAACUAAAGGGACCUGGCACCCAGACCACUUAAUUGAGCUGAUGUGAUCUGGGUGUCUGUAGUGAUCCUUUAAGUGUACGUGUAUCUGCAUGCACUGGCGUACAUACCGCGGUCGCAGGGGUCGCAGCCCUACGACCCCUGCAACCAGGUGCCCGCCGCCAUGUGUUGCGGCCCCGGCCUGCGCAGAGUAAGUCCGGGGGGGGGGGUACGGAUCAGUUUUUUCGCACCGGGGCCCCAUGGGUUGUGUGUACGCCACUGAUUGAAUCUAUGUGAAUGAAUGAGUGUACUGCCUAUAAUAUAAAUAUAUAGGCACACAUUAAACUUUGCCAAUGUUUCAAAUGACAUGAAGCAAUCAAACUUUUCUUAUUUUUGCUUCCCACACCAAUUGAUUUAUCAUUUUGCCUGCAAGGAGACUUGAGUGCAAGGGCAGUAACACACUCACUUUUUAUCGUAACUUUUGUUGCUUACCGAAACCAGUUGACUUGAAUAAAUUUUUCUGUUGCCUGAAUGAAGCCAGCAACGUGGAAAAAUCUUGCCAUUCAGGGCAGUCUGAAUGUACAUUUCAGCCACACAGUAAGCUGCAUUGGUAGGCACUGGACUGCUAAAUACAACCAUUUUUCGCAGCAGAGAGUUAGACAGGUGAUUAGCAUAAUUAGCAGAGUGGGCUAUACAUAUGGUAAUGUUAAAUGUGUAAAUGCCAGCUGCGGUGUAAAAUUUAUGUCAGAGGUCGACAGGGCUGUGCGAAAGUAUUGUGUUACAGCUGCAGGUCAAAGUGUCCUUUUGGCAACACCCUUUUCUCUUGUUGGUGAAUGAUGCAAGAGAAGAGAGAGUGCCCGAAAAAGAACAGAUAAGGCUUUGAUUGAACAGCUGAGCUUUAAGCAAAAGAGGGAAAAUUGAUUCUGUUUUACUUCAAAAUACUCAAAGUGUCAAGUUUGUUUUGUGUGCCAUAUUUCAAACUUUUAGAUUUACCGAGCAGAAUAAGUAGGUUAUUGUACAUUUUUUUAUGUAUGUGUAUUUAGGAGUAUUUUUGUACAUGUACAUUUUUGCUCUCUGCGGCCUGGUUUGUAGCUGCUGUUUUUUCGAGGUGCACGCUGUAGCCAGUCAAAAAGUGACAGAAUUAAAUGUAAUCGUAGCUUGUCAGUGUCACACAGUUUUCUGGCUGUCUAACUAAAUUUGGAACUGGAGCCAAAAUGUCCCUCUGUGGUUUUUGUGCUGCACAGAUUCCCGAGACUCCUAAAACCACAACAUUCUUUCUAAAUUGAAAAGGACCUUUUCUGAUUUGUGUGUAUUUUUUACAUUAAAUACAGAUCAAUUUUUAAAUGGAGAGUAUGUUGAAAGGUACAUCUGUCAUUUUUUUCUCUCUUUGUUGUAAAAAGCUUGUUUCACGCAAGAUUAUUUUAUUUUUUUCCCCAGUACUUUUUUUUUUUAAUUCUGUCUGUAUUAGUGGUGUUGACAGAAUAUAGUUCACACCACACUGACCUUGUGAUGAAACUUCCUCAUGACCACAGGGGGUCCUUAUGAAUCAAUUCCUAAUCCAGCUAAUCCUGGUCGCAACAAAAAUCAUGAAUGUAGCCCCCGUUGCAGUGUGUUUCCCUGCACAGAUGCAGAGGGAACAGUUUUUGGUACAAAUCAGUGCAGCGUGAUCUUCCACUUUGACUGGGGAGCCGGGUGCUUCUUUUGUGUUUUUGCCCCAUUUGGAGUCAAGUGGGAAGCCAAUGAAAUUGGAGAUAGAGGCAUAAUGGUGUCUGUUCAGAGGAACAGAGUGAUGUCAGCCUAACAGCAGAGACAUGAGAAGUGUAGGCGCACAAAUUGAGAAACUUGGAACAGGUAUUGUAUUGGAUUUUGAGGUUGUAUUUUGUUGUUUGUUUAAAAGACAUUUCUGAACAGUUUGGUCAGCAAGUUUUGCUUGAUGUUCAAUUUUAGUGGCACGUAUUUGUGCUAUGUUUUAUUCUGCACAGGGUACUACUGUGUGUUAUUUAGCAUAGAAUAUAUUUUUGUGCUAAAGAAAUAGAAAGGUUAUGUCUGGAACAUUUAUUUGUGCAACUAAUUGACAGUAGGGCAAAAAGUAAUUCACAUCAUUGGUGGUGUUAUUUGAAAAAAUAUUAAGGUUGUUAAGCUCUCUGGUAGAAGUGGGCUCCACUGACUGUUAGUUUUGUAUGUUCACAAUACUGAAUGAGCUAUUUAAGUGUCCAGUGAAAAAUAGGCUUUGUGACAGAUCCAAUGUUGUGUUUGGAGCUGGUGGGCAUGUGAGAAAUAUGGAGAUUUGGAGAGCCAUGACAAGUAGUACUUUCAGGCAGGGUGGGGGGGGCGCGAGAGUUCUGACCUGACCUGAUUGUCUGUGACACCGAGAACAGUUCUGCUUCACUGCAAAGACUUUCAAUAGGAAACUUUUUUGGUAACAACAGAUGGCAUAAAAAGCAGCUGGCAGGGAAUCCUAAGGAACGAUGGAGAGACGUGUUUUUUUUUUUUUGUUCUCUUGUUUUGGGUUCUGGUCUGUCUGAUCGAUUUAAUUUUGCAAAGAUUUAUUUUGUGAAUUAAUUUUUAGAUUCAUAUACUUCUCAGAUUAUAGCUAUUUAUCCUAGUAUUUUUCUUUUGCACCCAAAUCCUAUUCGAUUUCCUUUUACUUAUUUGUAAUGGAGUGCAUAUGUUUUUAUUUUUUUAUUAUAGAAACUAGAAUCCACUGAGAGCCGCUGUGUAUAAUCCUGUGUGUAUAAAGCCGUUGUGUAUAAUCCUAUCUUUCUUAAAAUUAUGUCAAUUCAUGUUUGCAUUCACCUAUAGCAAAUUAAUUUCCUUUAAUGUAGAAAACCAACACAGUGACUAUAUGCCUUAAAGCUGCACUGUCAUGUUUUUUUUUCUCUGUUUUCCUUUCUUUAUGCGCCUUCUGUCCUAAUGAUUACACCUAUUUCCACUUGCCUUUUUAAUUUUUUUUUAUUGUUUCUAUCUUCAGCUGGUUAUUAAAGGACCACUAUAGGCACCCAGACCACUUCAGCUUAAUGAAGUGGUCUGGGUGCCUGGUCCCUCUAGGAUUAACCCUUUUUUUUUUAUAAACACAGCAGUUUCAGAGAAACUGCUAUGUUUAUAAAUGGGUUAAUCCAGCCUCUAAAGCCUCUAGUGGCUGUCUCAUUGACAGCCGCUAGAGGCGUUUGCGUGCUUCUCACUGUGAAAAUCACAGUGAGAAGACGCAAGCGUCCAUAGGAAAGCAUUAUGAAUGCUUUCCUGUGGACUGGCUGAAUGCGCGCACAGCUCUUGCCGCGCAUGCGCAGUCAGCCGAAGAGGAGGCGGAGAGGAGGAGGAGAGUUCCCCGCCCGGCCCUGGAGAAAAAGGUAAGUUUAACCCCUUCCUCUCCCCAGAGCCCGGCAGGAGGGGGUCCCUGAGGGUGGGGGCACCCUCAGGGCACUAUAGUGCCAGGAAAACUAGUAUGUUUUCCUGGCACUAUAGUGGUCCUUUAAUAUCCGAGCACUGCCAUUUUGUUCUCAUCUGUCCAUGAUGUUUACUGUUUGACUUCUGUGGGAUUCUUUUGACUGAUGAAUUGUGGGCAGAAUAUCUUAGCAACUGAAAUGGAACUUUGCGUAAGCUCCGCCCAUUGUCUAAAAAUGCCACAAAUUAUGCGCCUUAUUUGUAUUAGUAUUUCCUACUUAUAUAUAACUGUGAUGGAUAGAAAUUAAUAUAAGUAAAAUGUUUAUCUGCCACUUUCUAGGUUUGCAUAUUUUACCUCCGGCGCCGUGCCAAGUGUACAACACUGAGGUCUAUGGAGGAUACCGUGAGACAGCAGAAUCUUCCAUAGAUCGAUGCCUGAAUCCCACACACGUUACUUGGGAAAACCUGCUGGGAUUGGACAAAAGUUGAUGAUCUUUUGACGAUCUCAGCCAAUCCACUGAAGGCUACCGCGAAUGCUCAUCCAAACGCCACGCUGCGUCAACCCGCAUCUUCUCAUAGAGGUGCAUUGAAUCAAUCAAUGGGGAAAGUUCAUAAAGUUCAUGCCGAGCACGGAGAUGCUGACUAUCAGUGCAGCACUGACCCAGGAAGCACCUCAAUGGCUCAGAGGUGUUACUAGGCAGUAAUGAAAACACUGCCUUUUCUCUGUAAAGGCAGUGUUUACAUUAAAAAGCCUACCUACAGAGACAUACUAUAGUCACCAGAACAAGUACAUUAAGCUUUAGUUGUUCUGGUGACAAUAGUGUCCUUUUAAGGUUUGUCCCCUCGUACCGGACAUUGACAAUAUUUGCAAGAAAAUGGGCUGGAGACCGUGCUUGUCCCAUCUGUUGUUUUUUUAAACUUUGUAAUGUAAUACUGUCGAUGAUAGCAUUUCAUUAAAAUCGUUUUGAUUAAAAUCAGAAUCUUAUUUAAAGGAUCACUAUAGGGUCAGGAACAUAAACAUGUAUUCCUGACCCUAUAUUGUUAAAACCACCAUCUAGGCCCCUCAUGCCUCCAUAAAUAUAUCAAAAUCUUACUGUAUUCAAGCCUGAAGCUGUAACUCUGCGUGCUGUCAAAAGAAAAAUCAAGCAGUCUGCUGACAUCAGAAGUGGUAGCCUGAUCCAAUCACAAUGCUUCCCCAUAGGAUUGGCUGAGACUGACAAGGAGGCAGAUCAGGGGCAGAGCCAGCACGAUUCAAACACAGCCCUGGCCAAUCAGCCUCUACUCAUAGAGAUGAAUUGAAUCAAUGCAUCUUCAUGAGGAAGGUUCAGUGUCUGCAUGCAGAGGGUGGAGACACUGAAUGUUUGGAUGCACUUUAGGCAGCCAUGACCCAGGAAGGAUCUCUAACAGCCACCACUAGGCUGUAAUGUAAACACUGCAUUUUCUCUGAAAAGACAGUGUUUACAGCAAAAAGCCUGAAGGUAAUGAUUCUACUCACCAGAACAAAUUCAAUAAGCUGUAGUUGUUCUGGUGACUAUAGUGUCCCUUUAAAUCAACACACAUCAAUUUUCAUCCACCUUGACUUUCACUGAUAAUUUCAUUGUCACUAUAUGUUUUACUAAUCUAAAAAUUAAUAUUUGUAUUAAGUGAGGUCUCCCAAGUACUGCUGUACCUCCCAUGUACAGGUUUUAUGGGGUUUUGCAAAGUUACAUUGUCAAAUAUACAGCUUUUCUAUUUUAGUUUGCCUGAUUGGUUUGCUGGGCCCAUGUUGCCUUUGAGACUAUAUGGCAGUCAAGGAAAAGAGAAUUAUCCCCAUCAUGCAUACCAUUUGCAAAAGUAGACAACUCAGGGUAUACGUAUACAUAAUGGUAUUUCCAGUCAUUUUUACUAGACAGCCACAAACCCUGGCUAAAGUUGGUGCUCAUAUUUGAUUUUUGCGUUUUCACAUAAAAACUGCACUUUUACUAAUGGUAUCAUCAUUAUAUGUUUAUAUUCUAUAAGACACUCAUAUUUGUGUUCAGCAAUGUCUCACAAGUACAUCAGUACCCCCAAUGUACAGAUUUUUAUGUGGAAAGUUACAGGGUCAAAUGAGCUUGCAAAUUAAAUUACUGUUACUUCUGCCUGGGUUGUCAAGCAGGUCCCUCAAUAUAUAAUUAAUAAAAUAAUAUAAUGAUUUAGAAAUAAUAUAUAAUGUACAUUUAGAAUCAAAUUGUGUGUGUGUGUGUAUAUAUAUAUAUAUAUAUAUAUAUAUAUAUAUAUAUAUAUAUAUAUAUAUGUGUGUGUGUGUAUGUGUGUGUGUGUAUGUAUAUAUAUAUAGAGAGAGAGAGAGAUUCUAAAUGUAUUUUAUAUAUAAUUUAUGUAUAAUUAUAUUCUUUUAUUAGUUAUAUGUUGGGGGAUCCGCCUGACAACCCAGGCAGGCAAUCUGUCAAUCAUGCGGACCCGAGUCAUGUGAUUGCAGUGUCAUCGGGAUUGGUCGCAGGGGAACUACCUCGUCAGGUAAUCCCCCUGAUCGGAUCCGGUAAGGAGGAUGAGUAUUGUGGUGCGGGGAAGGCCCAAGCGUUAGGGCGUGGUAUGCAGCCCUAAUGGCAUUAAAGCCCUUCUUUUGUAAGACGGCAUAGCACGCCCUAACCUUUGGGAAGGGGUUAACUAAAAUAUGCAACUGUGAGUUAUUCAACUAGAAUGCAAACUGGAUUUCUAAUCUGAGGCCAAUAUUGCCAAACUGAAAACCUAGCUGACAAUUUUUUCAGUUUGGCUACUUUGGCCUAAAAUGUAACAUUUUCUUUGAAUUCAUGACAAUAAACACUAAAUUGAAUAAAUCUCUCAACAUAUUCUCAGGAACUGCAAAUGUCCUACCAGAAGAUAAGCAGUUUUUAAUAUGACAGGACAACUGAGCUCAUGUUUUGUAUUGACAUUAUGAUGAUGUCUGCAGUGCAUAUGUUCUAGGUACGCUUACAUAGAAAAACUGCAGUUUACCUGAUGGUCCAGUGUGAGGCAAACAAGCUAGACUUUUCAGAAGCAGAUGUAGUGUUUUAGAAAAUGACCCUUUUAAAGGUCAUGGUGUAGGUUUUCCAUGGUUUCUAGAAAAACUAUUCUAAUUUUGUUAUUGUUUCCAUGGUGGCUAGCCUAACAUGGCUGUGGCGUGAGCCUUCAUGCCAGCAAUAUGAGCAGCAAAUCCCUGAUUGGAAUGCCAUAAACCAAUGGUAAGGUAGGCAACCACUGGUGUGACCAGCUCCAGUGAUUCUGAUUCCUAUAAAGUCUGCCUUUGCAGACGUUUGUGAACUAUAUUUCCCCUAAUGCUUACCUGGUUAUCUUGGUAAACACAAUUCACAAACAAUUCUAUAUUAUUUUUCUCUGAGCAUGAUAUACUCAAUUCUAAAUAGCUUUUAUUGGUUUCCAUUUAAAUAGAUACUUCAAAAGUAGUAUACUCACAGAAAGAAGUUCAGUAAAAACAAUAAUAGUUAAUAAAGCAAUGAAAUUUAAAAACCAAUUUUCUACUUAUUACAUGUCAGGUCAGGAUUUCCUUCUUAAUCCAUACGUGUCUGGCUCGCGGUCUGCGUUUUCCAGACGCAAUAAAAUUCUCUUACAGAAGGAACGAUAUUUGCACUGUAUUUUUCUGUCAUGUAAUGGUUUUAAAAACAUUUUAAAGAGACACUCUUAAUCCUGAUGAUUUUGGGAUAUAGAUGCUGCUCCUGCAGCCUUGCAGAUGAAAACAGUGACAAAUGGCACGGCUUUACAUUUAGCCAUUCUAGGGCCCUAAGUGGCUGCCCGAUAGACAGCCUCUAGGUGACUUGGUCUAAAGAUUCAAUAAUUGAUUCUAUUGUAAACUUUGCUAACACAAGUUGCUGGGUGUGUGUCUAGGGCAGAAUUAAAUGCAUUGCAUAGGUGGCAAUUGCUGUACAUGCGUAGUAUGUACGCAGUGCUUCUUUAUAAGAGGCAUUGAUUGGACAUAGGUCAUUAAGUUUCAUGAUCUCACAGUAGUAUGAUUGGGCUGCAGUGAGAAGUUUGUCCCAGUGCUGGAUUGCAGGACCCUGUGUCUGAAUCUCUUUUUAUUUUUUCCUGACGUUUGUGAGAUUUUUAUGGUACUUAUUACCUUAUGAAGAUUUUACAUGCCAUAUCUUGUAGAGUAUAUUUAAAUGCAUACUAACAAUUUGUAUGUGUUACUGUCCCUUUAAUUUCUUUCUCGCUAACAAUGACUGCUAAUAGCACGAUUGACAAUUACAUUACAUUAGUGAAAUGUUUAGUGUGUUACCUAAAGGCAUUAGUUCAUCUUUACAGCUCAUCUCCGUUUUUCAUCAAUUUUUCCUUUGGAAAAACUCAUAAUGAUUUCGCCAAAUAAAUUCAUAACUUUUUUUUGCCAGCAAGCAUGCCAGCACCAUGAUUUUCAUGUUCUUUCUUUACAUAACCUCAGACUUUUUUUUUUUAAUUUUAAGGUCUUCCAUUUAUAAGGAACACAUAAAGCACCAUAACAAUUACAGCCCACUGUAGUAUUUAUGGUGCCUGGAGUGCCCUUGUACUAUUCUACAAUUUUAUCACCUAUAAAGUCCAAAGCUUUCUGUGUAGGAUUUUGAAAAUGUUCACAGAUGCUCUUUACUCAUUAUGGAAUUAGGCAACCUAAGCAUUUGAAGCCCCACCUGGAAUAUUCAUAUUAUCUACAGCAGAAAAAUCUAAACCAUUACUGGUUGAGUACAUUUGUUAAAGCUAAGAUUAUCCUUUUCCCUCCAGCUGCCAUCAUAUUGUUUUCUACCAGUAGUAGAGUUCUUUGGGUUCAUAUAAAAAUUAUAUGCUUAAUAAUUUACUAAAAUUAGAAUUAUUGGGAAUUUAAAUUUUUUUAGUAGUUUUCUCACUUUAGUAAAUAACGUUAAAUCUAUAGCAUUGUGGGUUUUUUUUGUGUUUUUUUGCAAAGCACAGCUUUCUUGGUGAAAAGGUGACAUGCCAAUUUUGAGUUAAAGGACCACUAUAGUACCAGGAAAACAAACUCCUUUUCCUGCCACUAUAGGGUUAAUAGGUCCCCUCCACCCUCAUGGCCCCCCUUCAGCCUCUUACCUUUCUCCAGCGCCGGGCUUCCUCUGCGCUGGCGACCUCUGCUCCUCCUGCCGACGUCAGUGCCGAAUGGGCAUUCAAAUUACUCAAUGCUUUCCUAUGGACGUCCAGCAUCUUCUCACUGUGAUUUUCGCAGUUAGAAUCGCGGAAGUGGCCUCUAGUGGCUGUCAGGGAGGCAGCAACUAGAGGCUGGAUUUAACCCUCAGUGUAAACAUAGCAGUUUUUCCGAAACUGCUAUGUUUACAGCUGCAGGGUUAAAACUAGAGGGACCUGGCACCCAGACCACUUCAUUAAGUUGUAAGCAAGGCAUCUGUAAAAUCAUUCACUCUGUAGUCCUCCUUAAUCACUAUACAUAUUAGCACCAUGAUCUCGCAAAUUCUUAGAAGUUAUCAUUUGUAUUGUGUUUCAUUCUUCUUCAUAGAAGAAAGAGUAGAAUGUAAAAAUGUAGAACCCUCAUAUGACUCAAGUAGUACCCUCAUAUGAUGUAAUCGAGACAUGGAUAAAGGAAUUGCUCACUUUAAAAAAUAUAUAUCUUUAGGUGCAAAUGUUCAUAGUGCACAAAUUCUAUUCUCUUGAAAUUUAGGGAGCAUGAGAGCUUUUUAAAAAAAGGGGGUGGGGGGAAUUCCUGUCCUAUUAUGACCCACAAUGCAAUAUGCCAACUGGCUUCCAUGUUUGAUACCACUGCCUUGGUUGCUUGGCCUUGUGGCAGCAUACUCUCACUGCAUCAAUGGGUGUUCCAACCAUCAAGGUGAAAUGAUAGUUUGAGUUCCAAUUGAAAAAUCACAGACCUGACUCCUAGUUCUAGAAUAGAAAGAGACUAGACAUGCAUCUAACUGGUAUUUUAGUGUCUUUAUGUAUGGUCGCACCAUCCACCCUCAACACUGCUUACCUAUCCUCCUCUCUCGAUGUCAUCAAGCAGGCGUGGCUGAUGGCUGAUUCAGUACUCCUCAAAUUGGGGACCUCAUGCGUGACAUAUGCAUCCAAUAUUUUUUUUUGCUAUCUUUGCUAUGAGCAGCAGCAUCAUGUGCAGCGGCAGUGCCCCUAGUGGCUGUCAGCAUGACAGCCACUAGAGGCAUGUUUGGCACUUCAAGAUAAACAUUGCCCUUUCUGCAAAACGGUAAUGUUCUACCUUGAAUGGUUAAACAUACAGAACCAAUGCCCCCGGGCCACUUAAUUGAGAUAAAGUGGUCUGGGUGACUUUAUUCUGGCUUGUGAAUGCCUUUUCUGGCAUUAUAGAGCUUGAAAUAUGUGGUAGUAGCAUAAUUUCCUCCUGGUGAACAAUCCUAUGGAUUCUGAGUUAUUCCAGUAUGAUGAUACACCUUACUACACCUGUAGCUCAAGAAAAUCAUCCUAUAAUUAUACUGCAUUCACCACACACAACUUCUUUGUAAAGGACCUAUUAUCACUUCUUAUUCCUGUAAUGAUAGACACUGUGACCUAUCUGGAUUUAAUCAUUAUAAGGCCCUGCUCAGAUCUGGAAAACAACAUAAGUUGCAAGUACAUGCAAAUAAGGGAAAUCCACAGCACUCCUGUAAAUUGACACUUUAUUAAAUUGAAAACUAUGGAAUGCUGUUAAAGGAAAUUUACAAGAGGAGGGGGAGGGGGGUGAUUGUUAAAAAUGUAGUGAUACCUUCUCCUCGUUGGCUUCAUUGUGUACAUUAGUUCACUCAGAAUGGGGCCCCUAGAUUUGCUUAGCUUUCUCUAGCAUUUCAUUUUGGCAUGAUUUCUAUAGUAUUCUUGCAAACUAUGAAGUAUUUGAGAUUUCUUUUUUUUUUUUCGUUCUUUCUUUAUGUCAAGCCCACCUUUUGUAAUGUUUGUGUAAAGGAAAGCUACUUUCAUGCUGCCAAUAUUUUUAUUUUAUUUUUCGUGGGAGUCUGUAUAUAAAUACCAUUGAUCGUGAAAUGUGCAAUUGGGCCAGACUGUUUAUACAAGUGCAAGAAAUUGUACAAGAAAUUUUCAGACUGCUUUGCAAGGAAAACCUUCCUCAAGUGAUUUAGUUUCUCCAUAUGGAAGCUCUAUAUUGAGAGGGGGGGGAGAUGGAAAAUAAACUCCAAGUAAAAUUAAACUUUCGUACAUUUAUUCAUUUAUUUUUUUACUGAAGAGCUUGUUUAGUGUGAAGGUCACACAAAGGAUUUCAUGAUAACCUCUAACUAAUAUGUACAAAUCAUUCAGUUCAAUGUUUUUUGUAUUCUCUGAAAUACUAACAUAACAAUGUUGUCUUUUUAUUUUUUAUUUACCAGUUGGGGGCAGAGUUAGCCGAGAACUUAAUUACACCCGUCAGAAGAUUGGAGAGGAAGCCAUGUUUAACCCACAGCUUAUGAUCCAGACCCCUCUAGAAAAUGGUGCCAAUAUUCUUACAACAAAAGCUUUGAAACAACAUCUUCAUUCAGCACUUGAAGCCACCAAGGUGCAAGUCCUCAUGUACAACAAGUAAAUGUCAAAUCUUAAGAAAAUACCUCUCUACCUUUUAAUUACAGUAUUGUUAUGUCAUACCAUUGCAUGCAUUAGUGAAGCCAUCAUCUUUCUGCACUCUCUGAGUUUCUCCUUAUUUUCCCACAUCCUUUAUGUUUUCUUUAUUACCAUGUUGAUCAGAGAAAAUUUUAAUUAGAUUUUUGACAUAUUUUAAAUUAGAAGUAAACAAAUAGUCUUGCUAGAGUCGUCCAUCUAAUCUGUCUACUUGAACAACUAAUAAGCUCUAAAUAAUGUAUAUAUUUUUUAUUUUGUUUGUUAUACAAGUACAAGUACACAACAUGAUUCACAUUUGAGAAAACAAAUAAUUAUGAACUCAUUUUAAUUUUAAAAAGGAAAAACCCCAGCAUCCCGUUUUGCAUUUGAAGAUAACCCAGGUGACCUUUGAAAGUACAAACCUCUCUGGUGAUGUCUUAUUGGCUACACAGGAAGCCUAAGGUGUGUGCAUCCAAUAAGAGUUCCCAGAUCCCAAUCCGGUAUAAGUAGCACAUGAACUAGAUUCGAGUUGAAAGGAUAUACAAUGGAAACUUCAACCAUAUUUGUUACAAGGGUUUUGUUUUUAAGAGCAAGACUAGAUUUCAGACUGUAAACUAUGAAUUUCUACUCUUCUGAUUUUCACUGUAAUACUGAGUUUAGUACUUUAUUAAAAAUAAUCCUUUUAUUUGGUAAUGGGACUUUGCACUUUUUUACAGUCAAUUAUAAUACUUUUCAUUUGAAAAAUGUCUAUACUUAUUGCAUGCAAGAAUGAAAUUUAUAUUUUAUUAUAAAUAUGAUAUUGAGCAUUAUUUAUGUAUUUAUUUUUUAGGAAAUGGAAGCUAGAAGAAUUAUGUUUUAAAUCAGGAGAACUCAUCACUGAAAGUUAUAUGAGCCGUGUAGGUCAAGUAUAAAUGACACACAAAACACCUCUAUUCUGUAGCAGUCCCUGGAUCUAAAUUUUUAUCUAAAUCUCUUUUACAGUUUAUAGAAUCUUUAUAUCCCUGUUUAAUUAUCACACCUUUGGACUGCUUUUGGGAAGGAGCAAAACUUCAUUCUGGAAGGGCCUAUCUACCGUAAGCAUGUGUUAUUUUUUUCUUAAAUGUACCUUCAAAAUUUGACGUGUGUUAAUUUCUGGAUAUCUUGCCUCUCUCCCUCCAUUGAAAACAUUUUACGGGCAUGUGUGCAUAUUAAUUUUCCACCUUGGACUAUCAAUAUUAUAAUGUACCUAUCGUAAAGCAUCUGUGAUCAAGAAGAAUUUAAUUGGUUUCAUUAAAACAAGUAUUGAGCAUUCUUCUUAAUGUGGUUCCACUUAUUUAAGAAACUUUUAUAGUUCACAGUCAUUUACACAGUGUUAAUUUAUGUAGUUGUCAAGAUUGUUCGGGUAAUGAUGAUAGGAGUUAAUGUUACAUAAUUGUUCUUCCUCUGGUUUUCAUAUUUCUGAAAAAACUAUUUAUGGUGGUUCUCCACUACCCAUUGCAUACUGUUCUGGGUGGGGAAUGAAAUGUUAUUUGUUUUUCUACUUGGGAGACCUACAAUAUGACUCACACUUGCUCGGUCAAAUUUAGUUUGGCUAAAACCCACAAAACGUGGCUGCCAACAUGUCUUAUGUCUCUGACUAUCAAUUUUCUUGAGCCUAUAUGCAGUGGUUGCAACAAUCGGAUGGUAGGAUAAGGUAAGUAACCAUGCUCAGAGAGAGUCUGUCUUCCCUAAGAACAAAAAACAAAAGUAUAAAUUUAACAUUUGACCUUCACUACUGAUUCAUCUAAGUGCAUUUUGAUACAAAAGUUUACUAAAAUCACAUGUGAUCACUGGUGUCUUCCUGUAAAGAAUAACUGGCAUUAGUGACAAAUGUCAUGCAAAAUCAGGAACUGAUCAAUUUAUUUACUUUGUGUUGUGACAUUUUCCCCAGUUUCUAUGGGUCAGUGUGUAAAUGUUUGCGUACCUAUGUAAAAUAAUUUUUGGGGGGCUAAAUGUAUUGCAUUAAUUUUCUUCAUAGAGGUAAACCAACUUUACAGUGGACAAACUUUGACCCUAUGGAGUUCCUGGAGGAGUUAAGGGGCGAAAAGUUUCAAGUAGACACCUGGGAAGAAAUGUUAACUAAGGCAGAGGUGGGUCAUGGCUAUAUGGACCGCCCUUGCCUUAACCCAUCAGAUUUGGACUGCCCAAGCUCUGCUCCCAAUAAAAAUUCAACUAACGUGAGUAUAAAGCAAAAUUUAAAAUUGAUAUUCACUUAACAUUACUUUCAACCAAAUAUAGAAACCUAAUUGUGUGUUUUAAUGUUUAUUUCUCUCCUUUUUGGUCACCCAUUGAUACUUUUAUUAAAAAUGGAAAAACAAAUAGCCUCUGGAUGUUGCCCUGGUUUUAAGUGGUGGAUGCUAUGGUCUUUCGAGAAAGUACAUGCACUGGCAGGAGGAACUGAUCAUUGGUGGUACUGUUAAGAAUGCAAGCGGAAAACUUGUCAGGUAAUUGUAUUAAAAAAUUACAUUGUCAUUUUAACAAGUAUAAUCUAGGAUCCUGGAGUAUAGUUACAAUGGGCAGCUAUUAGCUUUGACAUAUUCAUUAUACCUGUAGUGUGUUAUAUAUUCAUGACUUAACAUUUGAAGUCCUUUGCAACCAGACAUAUCUUAAACGUUAUUCACCACUGCAAGCUAUAAUCUCUCCAGGAGUAGAUUUUGACACCUCCAGGCUAAGUUUGUGUUUGCCAGUGGUAAAUAGAAAUUUUGAUCCUUGAUAUAUUUAUGACUAGUGGUUAGUACUGGUGAUCUCACCCAGUGGAGGAGUGGCAGCUCUGGGGAGCCUAGCACGCCAGAGGAUAUAUGAUAAGUAAAUCACUCUAUCUAACUUUAUUGAUGGGUGCCUGAUAAUCAAAAUAGUUAGUAUAAAACACUCUAGCAUUAGGAAUACAUGUUUGUGUUUCUUUAACUUGAUGGUGGUUUGUCUGUAUAUGGAUGUAUAGGGCAAAUGAAGCUACACAUUCUAACCCAUACAACCUGUUAUUGAAUUAGCUGGUAAUAUUUGCAUGUUAUAUUGUGGCACAAGUUUGGAUCAUGAAGAUAGACAAGAAGCAUCCACAAAGGCACCACCUAAUAUCUGUGUUCCAGAAUUAAGUAUUUUCAUAUAUGUACAGCGCUACGGAAUUUGCAAGCAAUAUAAAAAUAAUAUAAUAAUAAUAUAUCAAUUAACUUGAUGAAAGAUGGAAGUAAAGUAUUAAAAUAGUCAGAAUAUCAUACAAAACAGUAGUAAACAUAUAGUAUUAUGUUAAACCUCUAAUUUACAUGGUCUACAAACAAAACUAUUGGCAUUAUUUAAAUAUUGUAUUGAACAAACAUAUUUCCAAAUUCUCUGUUAGCUGUAGGUUUAUAAUCAACCAUCUAACACAUCUGAUCUAAAAAAAAUAAGUUCCAUGUUUAAUUGUACUUCCCUCCCCCCCCCCCAGUUUUUCUGUUAUACAAUUUUAAAUUUAAAUUUUAUUUUUUGUAGCAAGGAUCGCUUUGUAUGUAUGAGUAUACCUUUAUGGUUUGCACGUUUAAUGAAUUACAAUUGCAUGUGCAAUGAGUAUUGAGAACUAUAUUGCUUAUACCGGUAAUAUAAUGGUGUAGUAUAGGGGUAUUUCUGUUUAAACAAUAUAUACUUUUGUAUACCUUACACAUUCCUGCUGUAUGUCAAGAGUUUAGUCUGGCAUAUUCCCUAGGAAAACCAAACUAUCUGUGAUGUGAAUUAAAGACAAGUAACACGCAUACACAGCAAAAUGUUAAUCUACAUUAAAUAUGACUCCCGUCUAAUCCAUAAAUAUUUAUUGAAAUUGUAGGAACACUAUAAGCACCUAAGCAACUUUAACUUAAUAUAGAGGUAUUGGUGUAUAGAUCAUGCCCCUGCAGUCUAACUGCUCAAUUUUCUUCCAUAUAGGAGUUAAAUCACUUUGUUUAUGCAGCCGUAGACACACCUACCUGCAUGUGACGUGCACAGUCUCCCUACAUCUUCCCUAUAAAGAGAGAUCUAAUAUUAAACGUAACCUUUUCGCUUUAUUCAGUUAUGAUUUUUACAUAAUUUUUUUUUUCUGCUGCAGUGCCCAGGCAUUGCAAACCAUGUUUCAGUUAAUGACACCUAAACAAAUGUAUGAGCACUUCAAGGAGUAUGAAGACGUUGCUAAUAUAAAUUGGAAUGAAGACAAAGCAGCAGCAAUCUUGGAGGCAUGGCAACGGACUUAUGUUCAGGUAGACGUGGCCUAAAUCAUAUCAUCUAAUCACAUGAUAUUGUGCAUAUAUUUAUAUGGGUCUAGCAGGAUACGUAUGUGCAAGUAAACAUGGUAGCGGCAUGUGUUUUGGAAUUACAUAUGUACACAUAUGUGGCCUUUUUCCUUUCAGUUUUUCAUAGAGAUGUUGUAGAUGUUAGUGCCAUUAGUAAUUGAUGUUAGUGAUAUGAGCAAUUGGGUAUCUGCAUAAAAACUGUAUUGGACACCGGGUUAUCUAAUUAAUUGGAAGUUUUGUUACCAUCUCAAGAGUGGAUAAUAAUAACUCAGCCAAAUUUAAUUAUUAUGGUAAAUAUAUAGGCUAAAACAGGUGCUAUUUUCUGGCAAAAAACUAAAUAAGGAACAACCUCCAUGGAGAUCUUUAGUCCUUUGCAUCCAAAAUAGUAUAUGUUUUGCCUUGAAAAAUCCCCAUUGUAUCUCCAGACCCAGAGGUGAAAACGGUCCCAUUGAAGUGAAGUCUUCCAUACCUCAGGGUCUUGCUCCAUACUGAACUCCUAGGCUCCUGGUCUCAUUGUUGGGCUGUUUUGUCUGACAACAUUACUCUAACGUGACAGUGUUAUGCUAACAGCCACAGACUAAGCUUGGGGAUCCAUUAUAAAGCCAAGCCUAUUUAAAAGAGACUGCAAUUGGCAGUGGGUGACCCUGAAAGGGGAUACCAUUGUUGGUGGACACCCAGAAAACCCAGCAGCUACAAGGGAAUUUAAAGCAAACUCAUAACAAUAUCCCAAGGGCACUACAAAUAUAUCAUAUGUUUACAAGGAAAUGAUUUGAUCUUUGUUCUGUAAUAGCCAUUUUUGAUGGCGCAAAAGGUUUUUGUUUUUUUACUUUCGUUAAAGUACUUUGCUAAGGUGAUAUUUCCUACCCUGUGAUGUAGGCAAAGGAUAAGAGAGCUGAAAAAAAACCUAGAAGUGUGACUUGCAAGGUGUCUGGAACACAUUAGUGCACCAAAGAAUCUGUUUACAGCUGCACUCCCAUUGGUGAGGUCAUGUGACAUUUCUGUGGCCUUUGUUUCCCAGGCACUGACCUCUGUUGAGUUGCAUGUGACCUCUGUGAGUCAGUCAACCAAUUAAAAACAAAAGCAUCCCCUGAAUUCAUUACACCCAUUCUUGAGUAAUGCCACCGCAGUCAAGCAUAUUGGGAUGAAUGGUGACACGCUAUUUGCCUCAAUGUGAUGCUGUUCAACAAAUCUGUAAGAACACUUUUUUUUCUUUAACUCUUUCUUUUCUUGGCUGCUUUAAUAACAUAACUUGGCAGCAAAGCACAGAGCUCAUUCACAAACUUUUGUUUGUUUUUGAAUUAAAUCAUUUUCCGAUUUCCGAUGUGUGAAGGGCUCUGCAAUAUGUUGGGAAAAUUAGCAACCUAUUAUUUAUAAAGGGACAUUUUAGGGUUUGUAUGUUGUUGUUUUUUUGUGUGUGUAUUUGUUGUUUUUUUUUUUUAGCUUUGUUUUGAUGCUACUUGAUGAUUUCCCUAUUUACUCAUCCUGAAAUAGAAUUGUUGUACUCUGCCACUAGGUUGUACAUCAAAGUGUUGCACAAAACUCCACCCAGAAAGUUCUUUCCUUUACCACGACUACACUGGAUGACAUUUUGAAAUCCUUCUCUGAUGUGAGCGUUAUCCGAGUUGCUAGUGGCUACCUACUAAUGGUGAGUCAAGGUCUCUGGGUUGGAGGAAUUCAUGGGGAAUGAACAUUGGAUGGUGGGACAUGCAUGUUGGGAAGGACUACAUCAUUAGAUAUUUACAUAGUGUUUGGGGUGUUUUGGGGUGACUUGGUGCCUCCUAAAAGACAUAUGCUUUUUGUUUCCUACUGUUCUAUUUGCAGCUUGCCUAUGCCUGUUUAACCAUGCUGAGAUGGGACUGUGCCAAGUCCCAGGGUGCCGUAGGGUUGGCUGGAGUCUUGUUGGUUGCGCUUUCAGUAGCUGCAGGAUUGGGCCUGUGUUCAUUGAUUGGAAUUUCCUUUAAUGCUGCAACAACUCAGGUAUUACUUUUAAAUAAAAAAUGCAGGUUAUGAUGAAUCCAUGUAAGAGCAGUAUGUAUUAAAAAAUAUCCCAGUAGAAACGAGUACAUGGAAGUCAUUCUCAGACAGCCAAAUGCAUGAUGGGUGCUGAUUGCCUGCCUUAUUCCCACCAGGUUUUGCCUUUUCUUGCUCUGGGGGUUGGUGUAGAUGAUGUCUUUCUGUUGGCACACACAUUUAGUGAAACUGGCCAGAAUAAAAGGAUUCCAUUUGAGGUAAUUACAAAUAUUUAAGAAAAAAAAAUAAAGCCUUUUGUUUUCACAGGUAUUUUGUCUUCAAGGCACAUUAUAAAAUACGUUUAUCAUUGAGUCUAUAAACCCUGGAUGCCCUAUACCUGCAAUGCCUCAGAAAUACAAAAAUGUGUUUGUCCUUGGGCAUUGGAAGCAAUUCGAUAAAAAAAAAAAUAAUAAUAAUAAUAAAAAUGAAUAGCUGAAAACAAAACAUUUGCUAUCUAUUUUGCAAUAUGCCCUGGAAAUGUUGUCAAGACUGCAUUUGAUGAAUGGCUUUUUUCAUUAAUAGACUUCCCAGUGAGUUACUAGUAUUGUUUAAUUAAUGGAAAAUGGUGCGCUAUACUUCCACGCUGCAGGAAUAUUUCUCCCUGGUAGAUCUGGAUGCUUUUUCUUACUUGAAAACAUUUCGCCAUGUACACAUUUGUGCACUAUAUUAAUCAUGUUUCCCAGUAAAUUUUAACCCAUAUUUUUCACAGUAUAAAAAGAAUGGAAAUAUGUCUAAAUCCUUCAUGCGGUACAUAAACUAUUUAAAUUUGUGGAGGUACUGGCUAGGUAAAGAGACAUUGCAGUGAAACCUGCCAUGUGGCUCACCAUGACCACUGUGUAUGAAUCAAUUCACCUUUUUUUACAUUCAUGUAUCAUUUACAUAUUCCUCUUUGAGUUAUGUACCUAUAUUCUGUUUAUAAUAUCUAUGAGCUCCAAUCCUUUUUUGAUGUAUGUUGGAUUCUUUUUUAUUGUGCGUCAUGCAAUCUAUGUUUUUUUCUCUUUCUCCCAGGAUAGGACUGGUGAAUGUCUAAAGAGAACUGGAGCGAGUGUUGCCUUGACUUCCAUCAGCAAUGUGACAGCAUUUUUCAUGGCUGCUCUAAUACCAAUUCCUGCACUCCGGGCAUUCUCCUUACAAGUAAGGGAACAAUCCGUAACUUUAUGCUAAAUGAAAGCUAACCUAAUAACCUAUAUGAUAGCUUUUUUUGGCUUGUGAAGGAAGAUUUGUCAAUUAAAGAUACUCCUGCUGACACUAAGGAUUAACUCUUUUGUCUUACGAGUUUACCUGAGCAGAUUUAAGCUGAGCUGCAUGUGAGGCAAAACCCAAAAACAUAAUUACUGUCCUUAUAUGUCCACCUUUCUCCUAAUUCUUUUUACAUCCUAUUUUUGUAUUUUAACAAAAUCAUAGUAACACAAAAUAUAAAGAAUUAUUAUAGCUUUGGUUAACAAUUUUUUUUAUUCAGAAUUAUUUCUAAUAUAUUUUGGGGACUUGGGAAUGAUGUUGAUUUUUUUUUUAUAUAUAUAUAUAUUUUCUUUAAGCUACAUUAUUUAAUGGCUAAAUAAACAAUAUUGAUGCCCAGGCCUUUUGAGAAAGUAAAAAAACUACUUUUUAAGAUAUUCCCCUAAGCAUAGCCCAUAACCUUUCUUAACCUCUGCCUGCAUGUAUAAUCUAUAGAUAAUAGGUAAGACUGCAGUAGUGUAUUGGACCAGAAGCGGAUUUGCACAAUAAUAGGCCAAAGAAGGCAAUUGAAGAUGGGCAGCUGCUAAAGUGUGCAGCUCUGGCUGACAGACCUUCUCAUCUGCUCAUCACCUCAAGCUAUGAAGGUCACCCACACUCUCUCUCUGUGUGGGCUGCCAGGAAUGGCAAAGAAAACAUACAUACCUUGGGCUGGGCCCCAUCUGAGCAGACCUGUUAGUUUUCCCUGGUUAACUCUAACACAGACUUCCCAUUCUUCUCUUGACAUCAGUUACAGGCAGCAGCCUUCAUAUUUUCAAACAGUGGAUGCUCUGAAAGCUUGCAGAGGCCUAAAUAUGUCUAAAUAGGAAGAUAUCUUGUAUAGUCUAGUAGAUUUCAACCGACCCUUGUACAGCAGAGUCUUGAGUUUACAACUUUCUCAAUAUAUUAUGUUAAAAAAUGACUUUUUUGUGCUGAAGCAGUGAUACAAAUGGAAUGAAAGGAACAAAAUUUACAGCAGUGCUUUUUUUCCCAUCCAGAUAAUUUUUUUAAUGCCAAGAAGGAUUUAGAAUGCAAUCAUGAAGAAAUUCUGAUUUAUAGAUUGGUUUUACCUGUACGCUGAUCUUAUAGUCUUUAUUUAUUGUGUGAAUAGAAUCAUACACUUGGUGAUUGGGCCCAGAAAUUUAGUGGGUUUUUGUUUUGUUUUUUUUAUACUCUAAUUGGAUCACUGAUAAUAGUGGCAGUAGAUAGAUGUAAAAGUAAAGCACUGCAAGUGGGUGCUUGUGCAGUAUUAGAAAUAGGAGUAUUAGUGUGGGGGGAACGGGAAAUAGGCGGUUAAGUUUCAUUUUAUGAGCAGCAGGAUGUCACAGUUAACACACUUUAUAUUUUUUAAUCAAGGUACAAAAAGUGUGAAAUGUUCUCGAUAAUGACAUAUUUUAACUUUGCUCCAACAGUUGCCCUUUACACAUACACUGCCUUACUCUAUAUCUGCCUAACAUUUCUCCCAUCUCAUUUUUAGGCUGCUGUUGUUGUGGUGUUUAAUUUUGCCAUGGUGCUGUUGAUAUUCCCCGCUAUUCUAAGCAUGGACCUUUACCGAAGGAGAGAUCGCAGACUUGACAUCUUUUGCUGUUUCAGCAGGUAAAUAUUCAUAAUAACAAAGCUGAAAUAAUAAUGUGCUUUUUAAAAAAGAAAUUAUAUAUUUUUUGUAAGAUUGAGCAUUGGCCUUGUUUAAAUCUUGUUUCUCACUAACAAAUCUCAAGAAUGAAAAAUCUACAAAAUUCAGAAACGUCUUCACUAGUUAUCUACAAAAAAAUACUUACACACAUUUUUACUUUCGUGGACAAAAUGUAGUCAAUAAAACCGCAAUUAGCUUUCUUUAUACUUCAGGAAUGAUUUUCAGGUUGGAAAAAAACAUAUCUGAUAGGGUGUGAUUUUGACCCCUUUAAAUCUCUGCAGAUGUGAUGACCUCAUUUUUCAGGCAUCCUCUACAGGAUAGCACCUUUUGGUGAACCAGUCACCAUGAUUACAGGCUUUCUAAGAUUUUUAUUUUUUUUGCAAUGAAGACCAUAAUCCCUUUAAAUUAAAACGCUCCUCUUUGGUAUUUAGUCCUACUGGGCGUUACUGUUCAGUUAAGGAUUCAGCACAAUCUAAAGCACAAACCUCAGUCCCAUUGUUUUUCCCUCAAGUCUAAAUCCAUGUCAUCCCUAGUAGUCUGUAUCUGUGUAAAUAAUUGUUACUAUAAAUGUCUGUCAAUCUUUUUGGAUAAUAUUCAUUCUGAAGUUUACUAGGAGAUUACAAGUUGUGAGAUCAUUUUAGAAAAAAGAAACGACAUGGCUGCUGAAAGCAUCUUAUUUGUUAGAGUGAGUGUAAUAUUCCAGGAAGUAAUGUAUUUGUCUGCCUUUUUACUUCUCAGUGGCUAUCUUGCUACAUGUACUAAAGAGUGUUUGCCUGAAUUUACAUACAGAUACCUAAUUCCCUGAUCUGCUUUGAGUUUUGUCGUAUGCCAGUCAUUUCCACAAUGAAAAAUGGUGCUCACUUAUGUAAAAAAAUAAUUACAGAGUAGUGGCCACAAAUGAAAUAGAAUUUUGUGGAAUUCAGGAAUAUUUAAGUGUGGAAAUCUUUCUUUUAAAAUGGCAGUUUAUUUUGCAGAACACUUACCUUGGGUUUUAAGAGUAUAGCAAAUUAACAAGGGCUAUCACUUUUUGCAUUCUAGUCCCUGUGUCAGCAGAGUGAUUCAGAUUGAACCCCAGGCUUAUACAGACAAUAAUGAAAAUACGCGCUACAGCCCUCCUCCACCUUACAGCAGUCACAGCUUCGCCCAUGAAACGCAAAUCACGAUGCAGUCAACUGUACAAUUGCGCACAGAGUAUGACCCACGUACUCAGUCAUACUACACUACAGCAGAACCACGAUCUGAAAUUUCUGUGCAACCAGCCGUUUCUGCACCACAGGAAGUGAGUCCACCGAACCCAGAGAGCACUAGUUCCACUCGAGACCUUCUUUCCCAGUUCUCCGAGGCAGGCUUGCACUGUAUAGAACCUCCCUGUUCAAAGUGGACCCUUUCAUCAUUUGCAGAGAAGCACUAUGCCCCUUUCUUGCUAAAACCAAAAACAAAGGUCAGUAUACGUUUUUUCUUGGGGGAGGUGGUGGGACUACAUUUACGAUUUAUUUCUGUAUUUCUACCCCCACAUGCAUCUACCCAAUGCAUGUAAAAUUAUAUUAUAUCUGUUUACUCUAGCAAGUGUUUUAUACAUAAACUUUAAUUUUUUUAGUUUUAUUUCUUCCAUUUUUGUGUGUAUUACUUUCUCCGUUUUCAGGACAAUGAGAUUAUCGACAUAUUGAAUUAAAUUCUAUGCACAAUCAACAAAAGUUGAUCAGAGAUUAUGUUUGUAAUUAUAUGAACAGACUAGAACUUUAUAUCCUCAGAUAUUUGCUUCUGCACUGAAUAAAAAAUAUUUCACAUUUUGUUAUGAUCCUCUGUUUCUACUUUGUUCAUCUGAAUUUAUAAGGUGUCAUUUGAUUUUCUGUUCUCCAUAGGUUAUUGUUAUAUUUUACUUCUUGGCUUUGCUUGGCAUCAGCCUCUAUGGCACCACUCGAGUAAGGGAUGGUCUUGAUCUAACAGACAUUGUACCUCGGGAGACCAGAGAAUAUGACUUUAUUGCAGCACAGUUUAAAUACUUCUCAUUCUACAACAUGUAUGUGGUGACACAGAAAGCAGAUUAUCCCCGGAUCCAGCAUUUGCUAUACGACCUUCACAAAAGCUUCGCCGACGUUAAGUAUGUCUUAUUGGAGGGAGACAAACAGCUUCCCAGAAUGUGGCUGCAUUAUUUUCGUGAUUGGCUGCAAGGUACGUCCUUAUAAAACUACAACCUUCAUAGCAAUUUCAUAUAAAACACCUAAAUGUUAGCAGUGUAACCCACUGAAAGUAUAUACUAAUUUAAUGAAUAACAGUUGAUAAACUAUAAAGAUUACAUAUAAAACACCGAUCUAAGUUGAAUCUGGAGGUUUGGUCACAUAAUACAGCCAUAAAUAACAUAGUCUUACAACAAUGUCUUGCACAUCAUAACCAAAUAUAAUUAUUUAUUGACUUUAUUUUAGGUUAGGGGCCUAUUUAAUAAACAGUUGUUUGACUGCCAAGUUGCAAAAAAUAACCAUAUUAGCAGAACUCAUAGAAAUUCUUUAAUUCUACAGUUUUUUCAUGUCACAGUUUGAAAUUUGGCUUAAAGGGACAAUCCAGACCCCUAAAGCAUGUUAGCUUGCUGAAAACGCUUUAUGUGUGACGCGUCCCCUCCCCCUACUUUCAAGCAGACAACAGGUUCUGUUACUUCCUAGUUUGGUUAGCUCAGUGGAGCUAAACUCAAGAGGCAGCAAUUGCCCAGAGCACCUGCCUUGCAAAGACUUCUCAUUGAGCUGCAUUAGAAAGUCUGUGAUUGGACAGCCACAGAAUGUCUGGGUGCGGUUAAAAGGGGAGGGUUUGCAAACGCAGCAGACAGAAUUACCCCAAUAACAAAAUGCAUAAUUAAAUGCAUGCAUGUCUUUAUUGUGGGUAUGUUCACUAAACACUGAUUUUUAUUUGGGCAGUGAGGUGUCCCUUUUAUUUAAAGUGUGGGAAAAAAAAUUGUCAGUCUGUACAAAUAUUUUAAAGUGAUAACAGUUUAUUAGAAUUAUUCCUGAUUCACUAUUGUUAGUAGAAUUUAAAUUCUUGUUUUCUUGUAAAUACACAUUGAGAAAACAGAAGUUAUUUUAAAAAUGCUUUUCUUUGUAUUUUCUUUUAUGUUUAUUUUGUAAUAUGUGUUGUUUCCUAGUAUUGUGCAGAUUUUGAUUUACUACUAAUUACAGGGCUGAGUGUUUACUGGAAAAUGCUUUUAGUGUUAGUUGUGGUUUUGUGGCUAGGUAGACUUGGGUGGUAUUGCAUUUCCAGUCGCAUUAUCCAAUGGGUAGGUCUAGUAGUGUGUAAUCUCUAUAAGGCAGACUUCAUUGUUUUAAGAGCUCUGCAAGUAGUUGCUAGUUACAUUGUUUCAGACAUUUCAGUGCCAGAGGGGCUUUACAAAGCAAGGAAUGUUCUGUGCAAGGUGGUUCUGAAAUAAUACAAAUUAUAAAGAGUAGAAAUAUAUUUACCAAUAAAAAAAUAUAUAUAAACAUAUAUAUUUAUUCAUAGUAAUUUUAUAAAACAAAUAUAUAAUGGUGCUCCCCCUACAGACAGGGAUAACUGCAUUUAGAAAGUGAAAACAUUUCAUAUGUUCAAGUACUAUGCGACUUUUCCCUAAUAGGGUUUGUAAAUAAGCUAGUGAGCGAGGGAUUCCUGUUGGCAGUAAUGAUGUCAUUGGCUCCUAUAUGAAUGCUAUGAAAACAGCUGGAAGCUGACAAACUGACAGGGGUUAUUUAUAAAGAGCAACUGUGGCGAAAACGUCUUAAAGUGGAGCAGUCACUAUUUAAACCACUAGAAUAUCCCUCCAUCUUGCUCCACCUUUCAGAUCUUUGACCCAUAUUUAUUCCAUAAAAAAUAACCCCAGAAGUUUCUGUAAUCUGGGAAAUGCAGCAUUUUUCAUUUUUGUUUUGUAAAUAAAGUAAUUAUUCAGUUCACGUGGAUUAUACAUGAUUUUUACAACAUAAAGCACACUUCAGAAGUCAAAGUAUUGUGUGUAUGGAGUUUUAUCCAUUGGGGUUUUACUUUGGUUAUGUGUAGCUCAGUGCCAUGUGAUUAGGUGACGGAAUGAGUCUAACUGCCAGUAAAAUAUGUCACACAAUUAUUAUAUAAUCUUAGUUAAUGGGAUUCCCUUAAGGUGUAUAGAGGAUUAAUGCACAUUCACAUUGAAGCCAGCACUUAAAAAAAAAAAAAAAAAGCUUACUAGUAUUGCUGUAUUAUUAUUAUUAUAAUUUUUAUUAUUAUUAUAUUAUUUAUAUAGUGCCAGCCUAUUCCGUAGCGCUGUACUGUAGCACUGAGUUAGACAGCAAAUCACUUUAAUGUUAACUAUCAAUGCAGAUGGAGCCAAAAGGUAGAUCCCCAGAUCCCAUAUUUUCUUUAUUAGCUUUAAAGCUGGCUAAGCAUCAUGAGAGUUGCAGUUUAGUGACAGUAGGGGAUCUAAUUAAGACAGGUGUAUAUAAAUGCAUAAUGUCUAUUACAGCCCACUGUAUAUUUAGUGGCAGCUUUUUCAUUAUACCCUAGUCAUGCUAGUAGCGUUUGCCCAAUUAUUUUCAUGAUCAGUUUAUGAUUGUUCUUGUAUUUAUAAAAAUAUUAAAGCUUUAUUAGAUGUUCUAAUGUACAGAGCUAAAAGCAGAGGGAAAAAAUAAGGGUAAUAGUAUUUAGCAUUUGAAAUAAUAUCUUUUCACUUCCCCCAUCCCUCACUCCCCUCCCCCCCUUGCAAUUUAUAAUCUAACAUGUUUCUCCUUUAAACCUUUUUGCAUAGCAAUGUCUCAUGCGAUGGUUUUAAUUACACACUUUUAGCACAACAAUGUGGAGUCUUUGUCCUCCCGACCAUUUUUUCCCUAGAGCCAUGUGCUUUGUCAUGUGUAUUUGUACAGAGGUCUGCAUGCACUGAGCUAUGACUUCCUGUUUCAGACGCGUUUUCUACUGCCUACCUCUGUGUUUGUGUAUAUGUGUGAGCGCGCAUGUAUGGAGAGGCAUUCCCCUUCUCUCAUUCCACUCCCUGUCCCCCCUUCACGAAAGGAUGGCAAAGAGGAAUGAAGCAGUUAAGGGUGAAUAGAUGUUGGCUGUGAUCUUUACACAUGCUGGCAGCAGAUCUCGCGUUUUGUAAUAGCUGCACAAGUUGAACAGAUGGAACAAAUUGACAAAAUCGUGUUCACUCACACUGUGCUCAAGAAGCAGCUGAGAUGCUAUUUGAAGUCCAAGAGUUCAUGGGUUUUUAUUAGUUUUUGCAUAGUUCCACAAUGGAUCUUCUAUUUUAACAUGCAGCACAGUAGCACAGGAUGGUUUAAUGAGUGCUAGGCGCAUUUGUGAAUCCACAGGUUAAUGCAUAGCCAGAUUACUUUUGGUGUGACAGAAUUUUGUCCUAGGCUGUGAUUAAGUGAAUUGUGUUUAACUUUCUCCCUUUUUGGGGGCAGGGCCUGAAAGCCAAGAUGGCCGGUCGCACAGUCUAAGAGCUCCUGUAAUAAAGAGCAUAAACUGGCUACUACAGAGCAACCUAUCAAUGAUGGCAUCAAACAGUGCCCAGGGACCGACCCAAGACAACAUGAGACAUAGAAUGGUAACGGUCCAGUCUCGAUGCGACACAGAAAAACCUGUGCCGACCAUGCGGCCUACAUCAGAGCAAAACCUGAGGUCCGGGGGAGGCGGCCGAUCACCUGGCACAGGACACACUCACAAGCGAGACUUCCACACAGCCUUGCUACCCACAUUUGGACCGGCGUGGAAUAUCCCGGUUCUCGCUGGGGGCGACUACCCCCACAAUAUUGCCUGACUAAGCGACGAUGUCCAAAGAAAAACGGGUAGGGCAAGGCCCAAGCAAGAUGGCGGCACGGAAGCAGCCUACAAUAACGCGCCCACUUACCGAGCCUCCCAAGCAUACACGGGAGUUUUAUGACUGGCUCUGGACACGUCUAGAUACACGGAGACUGACCUUCAAGCAGGUGAUGAGAGCGGUAGCCGGAUGGAUCCGCCCGGCACUCCGCCGCCACCUGGGAGUAAAUCCCCCUCGAGCCAGAACGGCCCCUAGACAGAACCGGAUCCGAAGGUCAACACAGCGGGAAACAACGCAAGAUUGCCUGGACACCAGCGCCAACACCCCCCACGCACCAAAGCGAGACAAGCCAGUGCACACGACCCGCUCGCCCUACAGUGGCUCCAGAGACCUAUGCCCAGCGUGGCACGCUCCUGCACAGGAGAACCCAUGGAACAGACCGCGACACUGACCGGGAGACGGGGAGGUCGGUUACCCUGGAAAAGCCAUCAGCCUGCAAUCAGACCAUAUCUAAACUGGGCAUCAGCUGAAACAAGCACUUGACUGAAUACCUGAGGCGGGCGGGCGGGUGCUGGCCGCCGGCUGCACUGGAGCCGUAAAACGCACACAAAAUCCGGUGAUCUCCCCCUCUAUUGACUCUUACGCACUGUGCAAUCUGCAAGUACCCUUUAUUUGCUUUACUCAAAAAAAGUUUUAUACGCUUAGCCAGCCUACUGUAACCCUAGGCAUCUCACCUCUUCAUAUGUUAAUGUAGCCUUAGAGUAUAUGCCUAGACCCACAGUUUAGCCUGCCUACCACGCAUACACUAAUGAACAUUUGCCUCAUAAGACAGAUACACUAGCAAAGAAUUGUGCAUGUUAUUAACCUAGGUCAGUCAUGUAUAUUAACCUCUUGUACCCACAACGCUGGCUAUUGUGACCUACAUUUACCAAUAACCUGAUCUAAUCAAUACUACUCUCACGUUUAAAAAAAUCCAAGAAACAAACCAUGUGCUGAUAAUCCUAAUGUUCCAAUUGUUUUGCUGGAAAAUGUGCUCGAGGAUUGCUAUUGGGACACCAAGAGCUUAUAUGUUAUGUUACCCAAAGCACAAUAAAAAUAAAGAAUAAAAAAAAAAAAAAAACUUUCUCCCUUUUGUGUCUAAAUAGGUCUUCUUUUACGGGCUUAUUAUGGGGUUAAUUUGUGUCCGGUGUAAAUGGCACACAGUUAUAUUAUGUUAUACAGAAAUAGCAUCAUGAAUAUUCUUAAAACUACAACUGGGAUACAGGUAUCAGGAGAGUGCAUAACUAACUGAACAAAUUUAUCCCGUGAUCUGUAUCACCUAAUGAUGCAACUCUUUGAGGAUGACUGAUUUAUAGUUGUGAGUUAUGUGGUUUCUUUUUUUUUAAAUUUUGUAUAAUUAUUGUUGAUGAAUCCUCAAACACCCAGAAUUUGAAACAAUAGCAAUGACUGUUGAAGUGUUUUGUAAGAUUUUUUUUUUUGUGUGUGUGUUUAGGACUACAAGAUACUUUUGACCAUGAAUGGGAAGCUGGAAAAAUUACCUAUAACAAUUACAGAAAUGGAUCUGAUGAUGCCGUUCUUGCCUAUAAACUUUUAAUACAAACUGGCAACUCCGAUAAACCUUUUGACAUCAGUCAGGUAAGAAAAAUGUUAAUUAUAACCAUAUUGAUUUACAGUACUUUCAGAGUGUACAUUUCUCAUUUUGUGAAGUACCUGCAACAGAAGCAGGUGGUAAGGGCAUUGCACUGGGGCAUUCUUGGGGCCUCUUGUGCUGAACUAUAACCUGAUAUAUUUUACCUUUCUAAGGGAAGUAAACCUAAGGUGGAAGAGGGGAGUGCCAUCACUGUUUUUGUAGUGUGAGAAAGCUGAGGGGGUUAUCUCUUGCACAUGAUGUUAUAGGGCCCUCAACACCCUCUGUCCCUGUGAGUCCCACUCAUCUUAUUGCAAAUGCAGGUCUGUUAGUCAACCUAUUGUACAGCACUAUGGAAUUCGUUGGUGCUUUAUAAAUAAUAAUAAUAUCUAAAGUCUAUCUUAUGGCCGGCGGCAAGACAGGAGAAAGAUCUCCCACCUUUUCACCAUAGAUGACAAAGGAAAGAUGUUACAGUGGGAGCAGGGCUACUGGGACUUUUGCGCCCCAACUGCUACAGUAGCCAAAAUGUGGCACUUGUUCCUCAGUUUUAAUAAUAAAUAUAAAUGCUAUCUACCAUGCAAGUUCUUUAUAUUUUCCAGUGAAUGAGAAAAGGUUAAAAAAUAAAUAAAUAAAAUUGUUUCCAGAGACGUCAAUAUUUUAUUUACAAGAUUUUCUAAUUCAUAUAGUGAUGGAUAUUCAAGCCUGGCUGUUCAGUUAUUGCUAGUCUACAUUUUACAGAAUUCUCUGCCAGCUAGUUCUGGGAAUUGCUGUCCCCGGCAAUCGUUUAGGGACAAGGAUGGACACCAUUGGCAUAGAAUAAUUAGACAGUGUGCCGCAAUUUGGUAAUAGUUGCCAAUAGCUGUUAUAGGGAAUAAGACCCCUGAACAUGAUCUCAGUAUGAUUGAGAGUAUGUGCCAGUUUAUUCUCUAGUAAUGUACAACAAACCAUAUAAAUUGGUGACCAAACAAAUGUAAACACCAAGGGAAGAGGAGGGGAAGCAGAUUUGGCUCACUUCAGUUUACAAUCUGCCAACUUGUACAAUUUUCCCUGAUGGAUAAGUGUAAUGGCCAUCAACUGUAUAAACAAAGGUGGGGGGAAGGGUUGCUGUAAACUGAGCCAGGCAGUUUAAGGCAUGCUUUAAAUGCAGUAACAGUUUGAAAUACCAUUCACAUAUCUGCUGUACCUUUUUUAAUCAUUAUAGGUUAGUGACAGUUCUUUCUAGUUCUGUGCUUUGGUUUUGUACAAUUAUUGACUUUGGAGGCAGGUGGCACUAAAAAAGGUGCAAAUAUAAUUUAGAAUAACACUUGUAUCACAUGUUGAUGUUUAUGGUGUUUAAUUAGUCCUAUUACUAUAUUCCACAUUAACUGUCGUGUAUAGUCACUUUGUAGGGGAUCCUUGUGUCAUAAUUUUUACUCUUCCAUAGUUAUAUCAUUAUAUAUAUAUCCCGAUGAAAGUCCCGAGCGGGGCCUGAAAUGUUGGUCUUAUUUUUUAUUAUACUUCAAUAAAGAGUUUGAAAUUUUAAAGCUUGUGAGUGCCAGACACUUUUUUGGAUUAUUACACUGACCAUAGCCCUGGCGUUGCAGUUCCCGGCAUCACAACGGAUAAAGUCUGAGUUCUGGGCCUAUAUGGGAUUUGCUAGAUACAGAGAUAUAUACAUACAUACAUACAUACAUACAUACAUACAUAGAAACAUAGAAUGUGACGGCAGAUAAGAACCGUUUGGCCCAUCUAGUCUUCCCAAUUUUCUAAAUACUUUCAUUAGUUCCUGUCCUUAUCGGAAUCCUUAUCCCACGCAUGCUUAAACUCCCUCACCGUGUUAACCUCUACUACUUCAGCUGGAAGGCUAUUCCAUGCAUCCACUACCCUCUCUGUAAAGUAAUACUUCCUGAAAUUAUGUUUAAAACUUUGCCCCUCUAAUUUAAAGGGACACUAUAGUCACCCAGACCACUACAGCUCAAUGAAGUGGUCUGGGUGCCAGGUCCCUCUAGGGUUAACCCUUCACAUGCAAACAGAGAAACUGCUAUGUUUACAUUUGGGGUUAAGCCAGCCUCUAGUGGCUGUCUUCCGGACAGCCACUACAGGUGCAUCUGCGACGCUGGAGACAUAUUAUGCCUCCAUCACGCAGAGCGUCCAUAGGAAAGCAUUGAGAAAUUGAAUGUGCAUUCCGCUCCUCUGACGUCGGCGGGAGAUUUGUUUUCCUGACACUAUAGUGAUCCUUUAAGACUAUGUCCCCUUGUGGUGGUAGUUUUUCUUCUUUUAAAUAUAGUAUCCUUUUAUAUAUAUGUUAUAUAUAUAUAUCACUUUCAAGACAAACUGUUUUAUAUAUUAUGUAAUAUGAUAGACUCAGUGUUGUAUGGAUGCCUCUAAUCAAAGGACAGUAUUGGGACGUCCCUGUCUUCCCAAGAUUAGUGGGAGUUACAGAAGGCAGCUGCUAUUUCCCAGUUUGAUUCAGCCCUCUUUUGCUAAUGUAUUGCAUGAGAGGAGCUGAAGAGAGAGAAACUACAUAAUUCUGCCUUGCCAGCACUUCUGCUGAUAAACUACUAGUGAGAGAUGAGGCGACUUAAAAUAAAAGGAAAAACAGAAUUAAUAGCAGCACCUGUAAAUAGUAGCUUGCCAAAACCUGCAUGUUUCCAGUGCUGCACUGAGGUUCUUUGCUCCUGUGUUGCACAGUGUCGCUCACAUUAUGCAACAUGUUUUUAUUGCGGCACACACCAUGCAUUAAGAAUGCAAAUGUACAAGGUGCUUUCAUAGACAGUAGGAUUCAUGUGCUAUGAGCUACGUCAUGAAACAAGGUUGGAACAGUAGAGCUCCUUGUGUCCUAAACAAUGCAAGAACCACAGAAGGUUAUAUUAUAGAGCUUACAGUGUUCUUUUAAUUCAGAGUACACGUUUUUACCACUUUUCUGAAUUUUUAGUGAUCAUAUAUAUGAACACUUGGGGAAUUUGAAGCUUGUCUGCUUUGCAUUAGGAGCUGAAAGUGUAUGAGGGUAAGUGAUGGUCUUACUUUCGGUGUGAAUAUGGCUUUUAAUACACUAAGUAAGAAUUUGUCCAAUGUUAACAUUUGGUGCAGUUGUAGAAGAGUAAAUCCGCUUCACUGUGGCCUUUUUAGUUGAGAUAAACAAUAGAAGAUACUUCUUUAAACACAGCAUUAUUGAAUAUCCAGAUAUUUCAGGUUUAUAAAUAAACAGAGUUGUGCUGCUUUCACUAUUUCUCAUUUAUUUCAUAGUACAUGGAUUUUUUCUUAUUUAUAUAGUUACAUAGUUACAUAGCUGAAAAUAGACUUGCGUCCAUCAAGUUCAGCCUUCCUCACAUAUGUUUUUGUUGUUGAUCCAAAAGAAGGCAAAAAACCCAGUCUAUACCUCUACUUACUUCUUCGUAGAAUGCAGUUAGGUUAGUUUGACAUGACCUAUGUUUCAUGAAAAAAUCCAUGAUGAUAAUUACUAAUAACAAAGUUAUUCCCAAUGAAUUCUUACAUUGCAGGUAAUUCCAGUCACAGAAGUUAAGCUCACAGGUCUAUAAUUCCCAGGCAAGGAUUUAUUAAAUAUAGCAACGACAUCUGCCUUCCUCCAAUCCUCCGGUACAAUACCUGAAACAAAAGAAUCUUGAAAGAUUAAAUACGGAGGUUCACUUAUUUCCCCACUUAGCUCCUUAAGUACUCGUGGGUGAAUACCGUAAGGCCCGGUGCUUUAUUUACAUAAAUUUUCUUUAACUCCUGUAGUACCUUGUCUCAAAUCAUCCAAAUCACAAGUUAUCUGCAAGUUUUUUGCAGCAAUCAUUUGCAUAUCUCUUGCCAUGGGAUCCUCAUUAAUAUAUACUGGAGAAAAAUAGGUAUUUAAAAUUUCUGCUUUUUCCUGGUAUUUAUAAACGAACAGACCCAUCUCUGUUUCCAGUGUACCUACACCUUCAUUUUUUUAAAUUUUUUUUUAGAAUUGAUGUACUUGAAAAAAACUUGGGGGUUGGUUUUGCAUUCUUUGGCUAUCAAUAUCUCAUUUUCUAGUUUAGCCACUUUAAUUGCCUUUUUGCAAGCAAUAAUGGCUUCCUUAUAUAGGAAGCCUCUGAUUUGUCUGAUUUAAAUGCUUUAAAUGCCCUUUUCUUAAGUUUAUAAUCUCUUGUUUUACUUCUCUACCAAGUCACAUUGGUUUCGGUUUGUUUCUUUUAUAUUUAUUACCCGAUGAUACAUACUGAGAAAUGUACAUUUCUAGUAUUUGUUUGAAGCGCUUCCAUUUAUCCUCAGUGUUUUUUUCACUAAGAAGUUUAUGCCAGUUGAUUUGUUGUAGAGCUGCCCUAAUCUUAUUGAAAUUGGCUUUUUAAAAAUUAUACGUUUUAGUAUACCCCACAUGCUUUUGCUUUUUUGAGUUUAUAUCAAAUAUUACCAUAUUCUGAUCACUAUUUCUCAAAUGCUCCCCUACUUGAAUGUUGGUCAAAAGAUCAACAUUGUUUGUUAUAAUGAGAUCCAGACAAGCAUCCUUUCUAGUUGGUGUUUGUACCAGUUGUGACAUGAAGGUGUAAUUUAACACAUUCAAAAAUCCCCUUGCUGAAGUACUAGUCCCUCUAUCCCAAUUUAUGUCCGGGUAAUUAAAAUCUACAAUAAUACCAGAUUUGCAGUUUUCCCAAUUACAUGCCUAAGAUUUGACUUUAACUCAUGGUUGACAUACAUACAUACAUACCCCACCACCCUUCUUGUUUUUCCUAUCCUUCCUAAAUAACAUGUACCCAUUUAAGUUAGUAAGCAUACAUGUAAUAUUAUCAUGAGUCAUUUGUACUUUUGUGAAUUUUUAUCAAUAUUACCUACCUCCUCUGUUCUGAGCUUUCCCCUCCUCCCAUCUCCACACCCCUUAUACUGAGCUAAAGCUCAUCUCCUUUCUUUCCUAUCUUCAUUUUCUAGAUUGCUUUACCCUCCCCCCUACUACUAGUUUAAUGUCUCCUCCAACCUUCUAGCCAUCUUAUCCCCCAGCACAGCAGACCCUCUUCCAUUUAGGUGCAAUCCAUCACGGCUAUACAGGUUGUACCCAAGCUAAAAGAAUCGGCCCAGUGCUCUAAAACCCCAAAAGCUAAAGAAAAGGACCUCCAAGGUAAUAUUUUCAGAAAUAUUACUUGUGCUGCGCGCUACAGCAGAAAGGCAGCAGGAGAUUAGAGAGGUCAAUGCGUGGCUGAAGUCUUGGUGCACCAAGACUUCAGCCACGCAUUGACCUCUCUAAUCUCCUGCUGCCUUUCUGCUGUAGCGCGCGGCACAAGUAAUAUUUCUGAAAAUAUUACCUUGGAGGUCCUUUUCUUUAGCUUACCUCCUAGGUCCCUGAACUCAUGCUUUAGGACCUUCCUUUUUCCUCUGACUUUUUCAUUGGUACUAACAUGGACCUUGACUGCUGGGUCAUCCCCAGCCCCUCCCAAUAAUCCCUCCACUCUGUCGGCAACAUGCUGGACCUGAGCACCCAGGAUACAGCAAACUGUCCAGUUGAGACGAUCAGAGUGGCAGAUUACCCUAUCUACUCUCUUAAUAAUAGAGUCCCCUACCACCACAACCUGUCUAGCCUUCCUUACACACUCAACCCCACCCGUACUAGAGGGGCUGUUCCCACGGCUGUUAGAAGGAACAGCUUCCUGCAGUACAGCUACUCCUGAGCUGAUGCUCCAAACAUCUUCACUCAAAUAUGUUUGUUAAUAUAUAAUAACAGAAUUAUUAGUGCGGUUUAAGUAACAAAAGAUUUAUACCAGUAAGUGGAGUGCUCCAACACAUAUACAGCUUACCAAAUGGUAUUUCAUUCAAUGGUAGAGUAUAGGGUGCAUGUUGAGAAAAAAUACAAGAAAUACAAUAUAGUGCAGACGGUAUUUAAAAUAAUAAUAUAAUUAUGGUGGUGAUAUCUGGAUAAAUUGAACACUCACAUUUCAAGGAGCCUGUAUGUGAGAACACUGGCUCCGUAUUUUUAUAUAAAAACAGCCUACUGCCAUAAUGUAAUUCCCUGCUAAUGGGCAGUUUGUCAUCUUACCUGAGUCUCUGCUGAGUGCUGAGGGUCCUACAGUGGCCAGUGACAACGUCUGGCUCCUGCAGAAACCGGAAGUCGAUAUCGCCAGCCAUUCUUUGGCUGAGAGCGGUCAUAUGACAUUAACCAGCUCAUGACUCAUAUUCCAGGCUAACUAACACCCCUAGGAAAAGGACGCCACUCACGCAUUAGGCUUUCCCUAUAGGAAAGGAACGUCACACACUCAUUGGGCUUUCCCUAUAGGACAGCAACGUCACACACUCAUUAGGCUUUCCCCAUAGGAGAACAUUGCCUCAAUGCUUUCCUAUGUGGAUUUUCUAAAUGCUGGACAUCAUCACGUAAAGCGUCAAACUCAGUGAAACUGCAGGAAGCGCUUUUAGUGUUCUGUCUGGUAUUCAGCCACCAGAGGCAGUAUUUACACUGCAAUAUAAACAUUGUUUAAAAAACAAAAAAAUGCAAUGAUUUGAGUUGCAGGGUUAAGGGAACAGGGACACUUCAAUGAGAUGAAGUAGUCUGGGUGCCUGUAGAGUCCCUUUAACUGCACCCAGGUGUAUAGAAGGAUGUUUGCAAGGUUUUUUCUUUUUCUGUAUUGCUUUGUUUCUGCAAAAUGUUUCCCCAUCGUGGUCAUCCCUCCCAGAACCCCCUCCACCCAGCUGUAGACAUUUGUUGUUCAUGCUGGUCCAUUAGGCAGGGCUUGGAUGCAAUGAAGGAACAGGGUUGCUAGUGUAAUUAGAAGGGGGAAGAAAAAAAAUGAAUUGUUUUUGUUAGAUCGAGAGUCGUAUUUCUCUGGAAUGCAGCAACUGUUUAUCCAUUGCCAUUCCGUUUAGUUCUAGUGUAAUUAAAAAGCAGAGAUGUUUAUCAUUUUUGUUUUAAGAAAACAAAUCAACAUCAUAUGCUCCAGAUCCUUCUGACUUUUAAACACCACCAAAUUCUUACAAAGAACAAUCACACUUAGACUUUAUUCAGGAUCAUAGUUAACUAUGAUCCUAAAGAAAGCCCUUAAUUAGGACUGAAACGUUGACUUGCUUUUAACAAUUAUGGAAUAAAACUUAAAUUUUAUUUAAGACCGUGAGUGCAGCCUUCUGCAUACAGCAUUUGGAUACUGGAGCCAUAGUAUUGCAACCGGCGUCUUAACCAACCUACAGCCUGAGUGCAAGGAUCUACAGCCUUUUAUAUAUGUAUGUAUGUAUAUAUAUAUAUAUAUGAUCAAUGAAUAAUCACUUGAAAAAAAUAUCAAAAAAUAUCAUCAAAAAUGAAGGAUUAAUACUAGAUUACUCAUAUAGCCAUUUCUAUUUGAUAUGGUACUCAUUAAGAUAUUAACAUUAGAAAUAGAAAGUGUUACGAGAUUCUGCUAGGAAGAACUUUGAAAUACAUAGUACAGCUAUAUCCCUCCAAAAUGCUUUCUACCAUUAAUAUAUCAGGAAGUACUCCCAACAACAUAGUCCUCUCCUGUAGCGACAUUUGGAAUUACUCCAAAUGAAAUUACCUUCUGCUAUAGAUCUAUUUGGAAUUUCUCCAAAGGAAUUACCUUCUACAAUUUCUACAUUCGGACUUGCUCCCAACAAUAUUACCUUCUAUUAUAGCUUGUGUUAUUGCUACAUUUGAAAGAACUACCAAGGAAAUUCUAAUAUAUUCAUUAUCUACAUGCAGAAAUACUCCUUUUAUCCAUUUAAAAUGACUUUCUUCUAUAGCUACACUUAGAAGCACUACUUAUAAAAAAAUAUUUAAUUCUUCGUUAGCUAUAUUCAGAAGUACACUCAACCAAAUGACCUUCAUUUGCUUCAUAACACAGCAAUUGUAUGAGAAAGGUUCUGGACAAAAAUCAGUGGAGGGCUUAUUAACACUAGUAAAGUAUAAAUGGAAUUUUCGUACAGGGUUAUGCAGUAAAGCGAGAAUUGUCAGAAAAUCAAAGUAGUCAAAUUGGAAGCAUGACUGCCUUGAAGAAUAUUUUCAGUUCAACUAUUGUUGUCUUAAAUUUGAAAUUCACUUUGAAUUCUUGACAAUUGUCACCGAAGUGAAUAACCCUGUUUUAUUUUAUGGAAAAACAAAAUUGACUCUGUUUAGCAUGAACAAUUUUGACGCAUGGGGAAAUAAGCAAGUACUUAUUUACUGACUUUUAUGUAGCAACUGUUCCUGCUCUGGUCAGUUGAACAAACAGCGCUUACGUACAAUUUUUUAAAUAAAUUUGGCAAAUAUGUUAGCAUGGAAUAUUUGCUUUUUAUUUAUUUACCUGCCCAUGAUCUGAGACAAAAAAGAAUUGUAUUUGAAUUCUGUGAACUACAUUCACAUGAAUAACAAAGUGUUUAUCUUUUUUACCCUUUCUUUGUAAUAAUUGAAUUAGUAUUUUUUUUACAAACUUAUAGCUACUUCUUUCCGACUUCUCACUUCUUUUUCUUUUGUUCAGUUAACUAAACAACGCUUGGUAGAUGCAGAUGGAAUCGUUCAUCCUAAUGCUUUCUACAUCUACUUAACGGCCUGGGUGAGUAAUGAUCCUGUGGCAUAUGCUGCAUCCCAAGCCAAUAUCCGCCCUCAUCCACCAGAAUGGGUCCAUGACAAAGCAGACUUCAUGCCGGACACCAAGACAAGUAAGUACGACUGAGCCUCUGGCCUUAAAAUGUUUAUGAACCGUUUCCUCCAUCCCAGCUCUGUUUUCUAGAUGACAUUGAGCAGAUCUAGCACUGCUUCAGCAGACCGCAGUAUUUUAUUUUUGACAGCCAUUUUAUAGUUACUUUCUGUUGAAACAUUGAAUUUACCAAGUGUUAAUUUAUUUUAAUUUAUUUAAUUUUUAGUUUAGGAGCACUAAAAUACUGGACAAUAACUAUUUUAUAUAGCUUCUAGCAUGUUAUGGGUUAACAUAGGCAAUAAUCUACCAGUAGAAUAUCCUAAGCUUGUAGUUUAUUACAGUGCAUGCUGUGUGUGUUUUAGUAGGCUAAAUAAAAUAGUUCUAUGCGGCUUGUGCCAAGUUUGGAAGCUAAGAGACUGUUUUCAUAUUCGUGUUCUAAAGAAUUCUACCACUCAGGCCUGUUCUGUUUAUUUUUCACUCGUACCUUAUUCCCUUAUUCCCCACUCUUCUGCUACCCCUUUCUGGCAAUAUGGGUAAUGUGGCUGGCAAAUGCACAUUUUCUGUCCUCUUGUAGGUUGAUCUUUGAAGUAAUUACACCUACAUUGUUUGUUUGCUUGAUUUAGUUGAAAUGUCCAAACAAAAAGUUUUAAAGAAAAUUAUAUAUAUCCUACGGCUGUAUGGCAGCCAGCCAAGUCUUGUCUUAAUGAAAAUUUAUAGUUGAGAUUAUAAUAGGACAAAUCAUGUUUAGCAAGUCAACCAAGUGGCCCUGCAUGGUUGAACACACACGACAGUAACUUAAGACUAGCUGAUUUAAUGGCUGAGGUGUGAGUCCGUUCAUGUAUCUACCGAUGCAACAAAAAUGUUGUAUUACUAUUACUAUAACAAAUAAAAGAUGAAACUGGUUAAAGAUAAAAUAUGAAACUUUAAUAAAUAAAAGAUGGAACUGAUAAAUGAUUCAAAUUAACUAAAUCAAAAACCUUUUCGGAUGUCAGACAUUUUAAUUAUUGUGGUUUUCAUCUACAUUUUUACAAUUUAUUGUUUUUUUCCCUUUGCAGUUCGUGCAGCCGAGCCGAUAGAGUAUGCCCAGUUUCCUUUCUACCUCAACGGUCUGCGUGAAACGUCAGAUUUUGUGGAAGCUAUUGAGAAAGUUCGAGCUAUUUGCAACAAUUAUACCAGUCUUGGGUUGUCAAGCUAUCCAAAUGGCUACCCGUUUCUUUUCUGGGAGCAGUACAUUGGGCUUCGUCACUGGCUGCUUCUGUCCAUCAGCGUAGUUCUGGCCUGUACGUUCCUGGUGUGUGCCCUUUUUCUCUUGAACCCCUGGACUGCUGGAAUCAUUGUAAGUUAAUAAGGUUCUUUGUUGUAGUCAAAUUCCUUUCGGCAUAGCUCUUGCUACAGCCAGCUAGGUUUGUUUAUGUCUGGAUCUCUGCUGGAAUAAAGUAUGUUACAUCAUUCAUGAUAUGUUUAUUCGACUUCGAAGGGGAAGAGAAGGGAGGGUUCAUGGCUACGCAGUAAACCUUCGAAACGUAAUCCUUUAUACCACUUGUAUUUCUUUUUUGUAAAUCUUAAGACAACCAGAUUGUUUUCUACAAAUUGCUUAUAAGCAAAAAUGUUAUAUUUUGUUUAAGUUAAAUGGCAAGCUAUAAAUUUUUUCUACUACUUUUUACAAAACGUAUAUAUUACUUACAAUUAAAUACAUUAAGGUUGUUUCACUAAAGUGUUAAUGUUGGAAAGUCAAAAUUAAUUGAAAGUUAAUUUGCAUUUUAGGCCACGAUACCUGCAUUGUGAAAAUUCUCCAAGUCAGCAGCAGUUUUGCCCUAUAGUUUUAAUUCACUCUGAAUUUACUUGAAUUCAUAACAAUUCACACAUUAGUGAACUACCAUGUUAAUAGAAGCCUAAUAAAAGACAGACUUGUUGACCAACUGCCUCAAUCAUUGAAAACAAGUUCAUCCUUUUCAUGAAAUUGCAUAAAGACAAUAAUGUGCUUAAUAAGUGCAUUUGUAUCAAAUUUAUAUUCCUCUGAGCUACAUUUCAUAUUUUGUUAUUCUCAAAAUGUGAUCAAGAUAAAUGAGUUAACAUGACCACUUACAGAGGCACUCCUAGCUGAGCAUUGUAGUGGUUAUGGUAUUGGAGUUUUCAUUUAACAGUGUUUUAAAGUGUUGUAGAAAGUGUUGUAGAAAGUGUACUAUGCAGCAAAACCAAUAGACACCAAAUGGUGGUGGUAAAGGCUCCUAUUAAUCCUGCAUUCUGUUUACAGCCAUUUAUUCUGUUUACAGCCAUUUAUUCCAUGGUAAUUUUUGAGAUAGGAUUUUUCAUAUGCUCAUACUGCCUCCUGGGAUUGUACACUGUACUGUAAAAGAAACUAUGUAGUACUACUACCUGUUCUGUGUAUCAAUCACAUAAUCAUAUAAUACUUCCUUAGACCGUCUUAACCUCUUGAGGACCAAGAGUUAAGUCAAUUCCUUAUUAUGGCGUUUUUUGCUUUAUAUGAACAUUUCACAUUCUGUGUGAAAUAGUGCAAGAUAAAGAACACUUUAUACUGUUUAAAGUUUUUCAUUUCCCAAAUAUUCUUAAAUAGGCUGAACGAAUACGUAAACAUUUCAAAUUGUGUACAUUUCUAUAAUUACAUACAUUACAUACAUUUGUCUGCAAAAUAAUAUAUAAAUAAAAUUGAUAUGUUACAUAUUUAUAUAUUUAUAUAUGGUAACUAUGCAUUCUUUGCUUCAAAUACAUGUAAAACUAAUAUUUUUCAAAUGUAUAUAGAAUAUAGAAUGCACACUAUAACAAUCUCAAAAUACUUAGCUUUAUUAUGUACAAAAAAGUACCAGAGUGAAAACAUAUAAGAAAAAAUAAACAAAGUGACAGAAGCAAGGGCAAAUACAAUAAAAUAAUAAUAUAUUACCACAAAAAUUCUUACAAGCCUCAAGACAGAAACACGAGUCACCAAACCCCCCAACGUUUUGGCACCAACUGGCUGCCUUUAUCAAGGGUACCUGAUAAACUAAUAUUUUUCCAAAUGUAAAGUGCUCUGUAGUGAACGGGUUAAUCCAAUUGGAAUGCUACUAAAAACUCAUGUUAUUUCUGUGUAUAGGGAUUUGGGAUACUGCACAGGUAACUUAUUUUGCUUUUAAUAUAAAAAUAGUUUAAACAGACUUCUGUUUCAGUAGGCACAUGUGGAAAAUUAUAUUGAAACACCACAGAUAUUCAGACCUUCAAUGUACAUUUUGUUUAAGAGUCAUCUUUCUGAGAAAUCUUGUAACCCUAUCUCCCUUAAAAGGACCCUAUAGUCACCAAAACAGCUUUAGGUUAAUGAAGUGGUUUUUGAGUAUAGAUCAUGCUUCUGAAUUUUCACUGCUCAAUUUUCUGCCAAUUAAGAGUGAAAUCACGUUUGUUUCUUAAUCCAGCCCUAGCCAUACCUCCCCCUGGCUGUGGCCCACACAGCCUGCAUGAAAAUUAAAUGGUUUUAUUUUCAAUCAGAUGUUACUUACUUUAAACAUUUUUAUCUCCUACUCUGUAAGUUGAACUUUAAUUACAUACAGGAGGCUCCUGCAUGGUCUAGAAAGCUAUUAACAGAGCAGGAGAUGAGAAAUUCUAAAUUAAACAGAAAAUGUUAAGGAAGGCUCUGCAAAUUGCAUGCAUGGUGUGACUAGGGCUGCAUAAACAAAGUGAUUUAACUCCUAAAUGGCAGAAAAUUUAACAGUGAGACUGCAAGGGCAUGAUUUAUACAUCAAAACUGCUUCAUUAAGCUAAAGUUCUUUUGGUGACUAUAGUUUCCCUUUAAUGCCAGUCUACACAGUCACAGUCACGUCUUCCGUAUAAGAUAAGACUUCUCACUUUAUUUAAAUUUUAUGGUACUUAAUCUUACUAUUUUUUUUUUUUUUAAAGGACCAAAGGAUCAAUGAAGUGGUCUGGGUGCCAGGUCCCCCUAGUUUUAACCCUCCAGCUGAAAACAUAGCAGUCUCAGAGAAUCUGCCCUGUUUACAUUGCAAGGUUAAUCCAGCCUCUAGUGGCUGUCUCACGGACAGCCACUAGAGGCUCCUUCCGCACUUUACACUGAGUAAAUCGCACUUAACUGAGUGCGGAGUCCAGCAUCAAAUAAGAUCCCCAUAGGAAAGCAUUGAGUAAAGCUUUCCUAUGGGUGGAUUUGAAUGUGUGCGCGCCUAUGGCCGCGCAUGCGCAUUUGGCUCCACUUGGGAGCUGACGUCGGCGGGGAGGAGAGGUCACCAGCGCUGAGGGAGGGGGGCUCUCCAAGAGCCUAUAGUGCCAGGAAAAUGGGUUUGUUUUCCUGGCACUAUAGUAUCCCUUUAAGUGAUGGUUUCAGUAAUCCACUCGUCUGCAUCUUUGUCAUCACAAUCUUUAUUAAUUCAUUUUAUUCUGACUAAAGAGGCGAGGGUAGUCAUGGUCAAGGGUUAUUUGCAAUCCCUCUUGUGCUUUAAUAUGGAUAUGUAAGGAAUCCUAUAAAAAUGGGGAUUAUUGAAAUGGUGCAUAGAACCUGCCUGCUGUGCUCAUUGCUACUUGUAACACAGAUGUUAUACACUCACCAUGCUUCUAAAUCAUUAAAUGUAUAUAAACAGUUGAUAACAUUUUACUUUAUUGCAGGUUGUCUUUUUUCCUUUUAUUUUGUAUUUUGUUUUGUUUUUAUCUCUCCCUUUUUUAUAUCCUAUGUCGCUUGAUAUUUUCUGAUUUGUGUCUUUUUUUUCUUUUUCUUUUUUAGGUCAUGGUAUUGGCACUCAUGACAGUUGAACUUUUUGGGAUGAUGGGACUUAUUGGCAUUAAACUGAGUGCUGUGCCUGUAGUGAUCUUGAUAGCCUCUGUUGGUAUUGGAGUGGAAUUUACUGUCCAUGUGGCACUGGUAAGUGUAGCUAUUGCUUUAUCUCAGUAUCCAGGCAGUUUGUGGCAGCAUUUUUCUAUUAUCUUUGUAGGCAAGUGUGCAGUGGCAAGCAAGUUUCUGACAGCAUUAUGGACGGGUUAAAGGGAUACUAUAAUGCCAGAAAUACAAAGUUUUACCCUUGGCACUAUCACUCCCCCCUCCCUUGUGCCCCUCGCCCCCCCCCCUCGUUAACAACCCUUUAUUUACUUACCUGAUCCCAGUGCUGAUGUCCCUCUGCGCCGGGUCAAAGCUCCUCCUCCGUCCUGUGACGAGCAGGCUCUAAUGCGCAAUGCGCAGGAUACCGGACCAAAGGUCUGUUUCAAACCAGGAAGCCAUCUAGUGGCUGUCUGGUAGACAGCCGCUGGUGGCAGACUUAGUGCUGCAAUGUAAACAUUGCAGUUUCUCUGGAACUGCAAUGUCUAACAUUGCAGUACUAAGGGCAAUAGGAACACCGUACCCAGACCACUUCAAUGAGCUGUAAUUUCAAUAUAGUGUCCAUUUAAGGAGAUAGUGAAAUCUUGACUUCGUACCAUUUGCAAAUAGAUUACAGGAGGCAGCCUCAGAAUCUCCCUGCUGAAAGAUUGAAGACAUAGCUGACCAGACAUUGUCCCAGUGCUGAGUGGGUUAAGUCCCAUACAGUAUUGUGAUGAGUUGACGGUGUGCAGGUUGCCUUAUCCCGGGAGGAAUUGGAGAAAUAGGAUCCUGAUUUAUUGUGCAGGGCUGGCCAUUAGAGUUGCACAGCAUUGCAGAGUUUGUCAGUAGCCAGCCUGAUCAUUGGAAUUUAGUUCAGCAUUGGGAUCUUAGCUUGCUCUCUCCUUCUGUGCAAAGAGGAGCUGGGAGACAUGUAUUUGUUUCAGCACUGAUGACCAAGGCCCUGUCAUGCAUGGGCUGGUCUAUCAUGUAAGUGACAUUACCUGUUAGCCAGCCCUAUUUGCUUAAUAUAACAUCUCCGUAAGUUUACCAGCAAUUGCAUAUUGCCAGCUGUGUGUGACUGCUUCUGAGUGUUUGUGUAUAUGAUGACUGUAAGAAGUGUCUUUUUGGGAGAGUAUGUAUGUGAGUGGAUGUCCGAGUAUGCAUAAAUAUGAGUGUCUGGGAGAUUGUUACAGACUUGAGAGAGUCUGUAAUGGAAGAAUGUCGCAAUGAUUGUUGGCAAGUCUGAGUCCUGUGAUUUCGUCUUUCUGAGCAUGUUUAUGCACAUUUCUUUGAGAUAUUUGCAACGCCCAAAAUGACACUACUAAACUAUGAUAUCUCUAUUAAUAUUUUGGUCAAAGCAUGCAGAACUAUUGAAAACUUUGAUAUGAAAAUAAGGUUCCUAAUAGAAAUUGAUAUAAUUCUCUCGAAUGAUAAAUCUAUUAGCUUGGUAACUCACUGCUAACAAUUCAAAAUUUACUGUUGUGCAUCAUCUUCAUAUUAUUAUAAAACAUAUAUUGCAGUGCUGUACAAUAGGUAAACUAAAAAAAGUUGGUGCAACAGGACAUGUUGGUCGUACAGGAACAGAAGGUGGUGUUUAGGGUCCUGCUGAAAUUAGCUUACCUUCUCAAGUAGGACCUAAAAAAAAAUGUGCCUUGGCUUCGGUAAUUCCAAGCAAUCUUCUUACACAGUUCUCCCAGAAUUACCAGUUUAUUAUGCAGAUAAGCACAGCUAGACAUGAACUACUGGGAAAAUUUCAUUGUCUUUGAAAGGUAACAAGUUGACAGAAAUACUUCAACCCUAGACCAGAAACUGCAUCAUGCUGACAAGUUCCAAAACUGUUUGGUUCCGAGUUAUUGGUCAUGUUGGAUCACAAGCCAGAAUUUGGUAUAAAAAGCAGUGCUCAAUUGCUGAUAGUACCAGCAGCACAUUUGCAUGUCGAGUAAAUUCUGGGAGAAUUGUAGAAAUAUGAUCUUUUGGAAUUACUGAGCCUUGGUGGAUUUUUCCCAAUAUCCUACUUGAGAUAAGUAGACAAGUAUAGCAAUUAUGUAUACAUGUAUAUAAAUAUAUACAUUCACACAUAUAUCCACUAGGUAAGAGAUUCUGUCUGUGUUUAACAUCUUAGGGAAAUAUAAUGUUGACACACAUUCUUAACACCUUAGAACUGUUAGAACAGAAGGGGGAACAUUCUGUAUAAUACCAAUCUUGGCUACAGUUAGUUUGGAUUUCACCCAGUAUGACUGUUCCAAGAAGUUAAACUAAUAUUCUUUUUUUCCAUUAUACAGCAUAUGUGAAGAGAUUAAGGAACCAUUUUUGCUUAGCACAUGAGAUAAGAAUGGUUGGCAAGCUAAUUGCUGACCGGGCGGUGAUUUCCUUUUUGGGUCAGUUAGCCUUCUGAUCAUCAUACAUAUCCAUCACAGCUCAUUUAUCCAUGUCACUGCCAUUGUUUUACAUGCAUUGGGUAGAAGCCAUGUUCUAUACUGAUAUUACCAACUGCAAUUUUACAGGCAUUUCUUACCGCUAUUGGGGACAAGAAUCGACGCGCUGUUCUUGCGUUGGAACAUAUGUUUGCCCCUGUGUUGGAUGGAGCAGUAUCUACCCUGUUGGGUGUCCUUAUGCUGGCUGGAUCAGAGUUUGACUUCAUUGUCAGGUAAAGCGUGUUUCACUGUGUCUCUUACCCCUGCAUCUCUAUCUAAAGUGAAAUUAAGGAUCAUUACAGAAUAAUUCAAUCAUAAUAAACUAGCCAUGAAAGAUCCUAGAUCAAAAUAGAAUAGAUUUUCAGGUUAUGUCCAUCCUUCCCGGCUUAGUUCCCUAGUGUUCCGCUUUUUUCCCCAGCAAGCAGAACACAAGCGCUACAGCUUUAAGGCCCAUUUCCCAUUAUAUUUUUACUGUAAGCCUCUACAAUUGAACGCUACAGCUUUAAGGUGCAAAUUGAAAUUCAGAAGAUGCUCCACUGGAUCUCUUUCACCUUUGCCACUCGAUUACUUACUUAUAAUAAUGUUUUCUAUAGCUUACUACUGUAGUAUCUUGUACUUGCAGCUACAUGUAUUAAUUAAUAAUCUGGCUGUUAGAAUUUGAUUGGCAAAAUUCUAAAUUGUAAAUCACAACUGUUUCUUGUCCCCUCCUACUCCUCCCCCCCCCCAAUGCUUGCCACUCCUAGCAGUAAAUACCUUGAUAUAACUGUUUAUCUCUGCUCCCUCCCUAGGCCCAUUUGCCAUUACAUCUUUACUGCAAGCCUCUACAAUUCUACUUGGCUCAACCCACCCACCUGCCCCUCCCCCCCCCCACCCACCCAGGCUUCCCCUAAACUUAUAGCAUGCUCCUCCAGCUGUUUAAAAUUCUCUCUCAUUUACCUCUUCAUUCCCUCUAUACUCUACCAAUAGCUGCAACUCUCUGUUUACUUAUUUAGCCAUCACUUCCAAAUUUCCCCUGCUACCUCUUGUCUCAAAUCCCCAUGGUAUCCUUUAGAUUGUAAGCUCAUGGGCUAUCUAGCGUAUACACAGACAAAUACAAAAGGUAGAGAGGGCCCUGCCGGUAAGCUGAGAUCUAGCCAUUUCAGCUUACCGGCAGGGCCCUCUCUACCUUUUGUAUUUGUCUGUGUAUACGGUUUGUUCUCCACUAAUUGUACAGUGCUGCGGAAUCUGUUGGCGCUUUAUAAAUACCAGUAAUAAUAAUAAUAAUAAUUAGAAGCCCUCUGCUAUGUCCAGGGCACCAGGACCCUGCAGAGAGCACUGAAAACAGUGCUCCUUGUAGGGUCUGCCCUCAGUGGGCUGGCCUUACAUGAUUGGUAGGUAGCCUGGCAUGCAUUCACAACAGGCUGACCUGCCAGUAACUUGGGCAUCCUUUGGGUGGAGCCAGUAAUACUAUUUUGUUGCUGGCCCACCCCUUUACCUCUCCCACUUUUGGGGUUUCGGGAGUUGCGAGGUAUGUAAAAGGUUAAAGACAUCAUGUGCUAUAAGUAUGAACAUUUAUUGUAAAAUCUUGAUUUAUACUUGGUUUUAUGUGUGCCUCCCCACCUGUUCAUAUUUACUGUAUGAAUUUUCAUGGGAGCAGCAAGCAUGUAAAGAAAUAUGUUCUGCAGAUAUUGUCUUUGAUGACAAGAUAUUUAAAUGUAUGGAAUUCCUUCUAAGUUAAGCUCUAUUCUUUUAAAAGCUUUUAUAGAUAUGUUAUUUGAUUAUAUUGUCAUGUUCAUAUAUAACAUAUUCAUUCAACAGUUUGUAAAGUAAAAUAAAUCAAUACUUAAAGCUACAAGUAUUCUUACUAAGAACUGCAUUUUAUUUACUUACCAAAAACCGCACAAUUUGUAAUGAACUUGAAAAAUGCAUAACAGUAGAAUUUAAAUUUUAUUAAAAAAUAAAUGAAACAAAUUGUUGUACAUUGAGUGGAGGACUUAUUGCUGCUAGUUACUUUAAGACAUGAGAAGAUGUUUCUGCAAAGCAUUAAAUACUAGGUUGUUUCUUGUGGAUUUAAUUAAGAAUGUUAGUUUGUCAGCUCCAAGGAAGGUUUUCUUUUAAAGGGAAUUUGAUAAGUGCGGUGAAAUAGAUCCUUUUCCAUUACAAACAACCCGUGGAGCUCUGUAAAAUGACUAAUCUUAGUGGUAACACUGGUUCAUUGUGGCCAAACCUCGCGGCAAAAAAAGAGAAAAUAAGCCUGGGAGAGAGAUUGCAACCUGGUGGAGGAUGGGCAGAUGAACUUUUUCUUGUUAAAAUAGACAGACCAUUGAGAAAAUAAUAUACAAUGUGUGACAAUGAAUAUAGUGGUUUCAGACUAGUUAUUAACAGCACAAGAUGGAGAAGAUUGUAGAAUGCAUUUUGUAAUCGCCUCAGGAAAGGUUUUGUUUGUAGAAGUUGAGAAAAUAUUAGCUAUGAUUUUAAAUCUCUGGUGUUAAUUGACAUGGCCACACAUGUUUUCUAGGAAUUUUCCAGCAAAUGCAGCUAUUUGCCAGUCCUGUUAUAUCCACUAUGGUAACACAGUUUCUAUGAGAAAGUCAAGAUUCUCUGAUUAUUGAGAAAAAGAAACAUGUAGUAAAACGUCAGUCUUUUGAUUUAACUAGCUAAUAUUUGAACUGGUUCCAUUGUAUUGCCAAAUAGAUGGAGGGUGAUGGUGAAUAUGUCUCUACAUUGGUGUGUUUAAAAUCUAUAAUUUUAGGUUUGCUUUCCACCAUUGGCCUUGAUGUGAAAUCUGGCUCGAAUUGUCCUUGUUUUUUUCCAUGAUGGAUGUAGAAUAACCAAACGUAAUUCUAUUGUUCCUAGGGAUUACCAAGGUUCCAGAACAUUUGGAAAGGGAGAAAGAUUAGCUCAAGGAUGUGCUCCACUAAAAUUGAGUAAAUUAACAGACAUUGUAUAUGCAAAGUAGACAGAAAUAUAAUCGGAUUGUUUAUUCUAGCUGUAGAUGGAUGACAUGCAAAUGUUUCUGGGGCCCAUUGUUGAUACAAAUCUCAGUCUAAAGUUCUGCUUGGUUUACAUUUGAAGAGGACAUUGGCUUGUUGAUUGUGCUAAUGGAGCUAAGAUUUUCCAAGAUGUUUACAUAACUGGGAUAUUUGUAUGUUGUUAUUUCAUAUAAAAAGAAAAGUAGAAAAAAAAGUUAAAAACAAACACUCUGUUUGUGCCAAGGAGUUAUUAACUCCUUCUUUGUAACCUGUGCAGUUAGAAAAUCCCUUGUCUUGUAAUGUGUAAACACUCGAAAUACCUUUUUAUCAAUCAGCACUGAUUUUAUCUGUAAUCUAUUUGAUGUUUAGAAUACUACACUAACUGCAAGCAUUAAUCUGAGGCCAGCAAUUGGCACACUCUGAUUUCCAAAUUCUCUGUUAUGACAAAAAUAUUGAUCUAAUUUGAACAAGUUUGGUGUGUUUAAUUAAAGUGGCUCUGCCCCUCAGCCCUCCCCUCUAAUAUGAGUAUUUCAUAAAGAUAAAAAAAAUAUAUUUUUUUUAAAACUCACAUUAUCUGUGUUGGAAUUUCACUGAAUUUCAAAAGAUACAAUAAGACUAAGUAGCAACAGGUUCAGGUAAGCAUAACUUCCUGUGCACUAAUGGACAGCCAGCAGCGAAGUCACCGUCAGGGUUUUUGGAAAUAACCCUGAUGGUGACAGAGCUGCGUAAAAUUUUUGAAUGAUAUGAUAGUUAAUUGAAAUCUGAACACAUUAUCUGUACUAGUCUCUAGCUGAAUAGGUAAUGGCUGGCCGUAUAAUCCAGGUUGAGCUUCACAGCCCAACCAGUGCCAGAUACAUCACACCACUGACACAAGCCAUAGAGAUGGCGACAGAAUGGUUAACGCACAGUCAGUUAAACCCUUGGAGUGACUGCUUUACUUUUUCAGCAGGGUGAAAUCAGUCUUUCAUCCUUUUGAGACUGAUAAAAUGAGUAACAUAGAACUAGUUAAUGAUUGUAUAUUUGAAAAUGAGAAAAAGUAUUUUCUUGCAAGACAACAAUUUUAAUUUUAUCUAUGAAACUACUGUAACUGCAGGAAAAUGUCUCUAUUUACGUAAAAACUUACUUCAGUUUUACAUACCUACUUCAUAUUUACUUUUUACUACCAGACUAGUACUAAUUUAAGCUAGAAAAGUGGUAAUACGUCUUGACUAACAAUACUAUUUUAAGUGAGUAAAGUUAUGGUACUUUUUACUAUCAAUUUAGAACUGUUUAAAGCAACCUAUUCCUUUAAACCUUGGUAUUUUUCUAAAUAAGGCAGCACAAUAAAUUCUCAGCGAUGGGAAACAACAUCCACUUGAGCAUUUUCUACUUCUUCCCCAUUACUUGAGCUUUUAUAUUUGAAUUGGCUCACUCAAAACAAGAGUAUUCAGAGAUGCUAAAUUGAUCAACAAAAGAUUAGCCUGCAAUGCAGCUUGGCCAUUGUAGAGCUCUUUUCUCUGUACAAUGCUGAGGCACAAAUAGAAUGGAAAGCAUUUUCUUAAACAAAAACCCUGUUCCUCUGUUCAAAAUGUAUGCAAUUUUAAGCUAUGUGGUAAAACAGAAACACACUGAAUUUCAUGAGGAAAAUGGUCAUUAAAGAAAGAAAAAAAAAUACCCUUAACUGAUCAACUAGAGAUUUAAUGAGAGAUUGCUUGGUAAGUUUUAGGAGCAUUUCACACAGUGGAUUAGACACUGGGAGAAGGUCUUAUUCUCCCUGUAAACUAAAUUGUUUAAAUUCUCCCCUCCACCCCCACCUUGCCUUCAUUUUGUUUCCAUCUUCUGGGUUCUCACUAAUGGGUAGAGUAGAGGAGGGGUGGUAUUGUGUUUGUGCUCUCAGUUCAAUCCCUUAUUUAAAUCACAUUCCAUAUUUCUGUGCCUUGUGUAACACUUACAUGAAUAGCUGUUAUUUAUUAAGACUUUCUGAUGUUUAACAAUAUAAACCAUUUUCUUUUCUUCCAACUAACACUGAACUGUGGAAUGUAGCACUUAAGGUAAAACGUGUUACCACUAUCUGUUUUGUGUUUGCUUGUUAAUAUGUGUGCUUUUUUGUUACUUCAAAAUUCUUUUGAUGCAUGUUUUGUAACUGAGACUGUUUAUGAACUUACUAUGUGAAUAUGUUUUUGUUUUUUUUCCUUAAAUGUUCAUUUAGCAAAAUACUAAUUUUUUUUCCCAUUCUUUAGAUACUUCUUUGCAGUCCUGGCAAUAUUAACUCUUCUUGGGGUCCUGAACGGAUUGGUGCUACUUCCUGUUUUGCUGUCAUUUUUUGGACCUUAUCCUGAGGUCAGUGCAGCAAAUAGAUAUUGUACAGUAACAGAAUAAUUAUAGUUAAAAUAUAUUUUUUUGUUCAGCCUUACCUCAUUUGUAUUAUUUCCAAAUAUAUAACAGUAACAAAAAUAAGAUUACACUUUCUUAGGGAAACCUUUUUUUUUCUUUUUUUAAUUGGAUUUUCUCUUCCAGCUGGACUAUGAUGCAUUGUACUGUAAAGUUAUCAGGAAGUGUUUCUGAGAAAAGACACACAUUUAAUUUCCUUCUAUCCACAAAUGUUGAAAAAGUACUGGAUGUUACUUCUAGCCAAAUAAUUUCCUAUUUGAAUUUAGAUAAUAUGCUUACUACAUAGUUACAUAGCUGAAAACAGACUUACGUCCAUCAAGUUCAGCCUUCCUCAUGCAUUUCUAAUAUAUGCUUUUUUUGUAAGAGGAAAAAUUUACUUUCUGUGUAUAAAUUUAGCACAAAAAUCAGUUAAAUAAAAUUCAGAAUUCUUUCUCAUGUGUUUAAGUGUGAUAUUACAAUUGACAAUAUUACAAUGAAAAUGUUUAUAUUUUUGUAGGUAUCUCCGAUUAAUGGAGCAGAUAGGUUAUCCAUGCCUUCCCCAGAUCCUCCACCAAAUAUCGUACGUUUUCCUGUCCUUCCUCGGCAACCACACAACGGGUCAGAUUCUUCUGAUUCAGAAUACAGUUCUCAGACCACAGUUUCAGGAAUCAGCGAAGAGCUACAUCACUACGAAGCACACCAUGGUUCUGGCCUUCCGUCCCGUCAAGUCAUUGUGCAGGCCACAGGGAACCCAGUGUUUCCUAGGUGCUCGGUAAGUUUUAAUUAUAUGUAUUGCUUUAUUAUACACAUAGUUACAUAGCUGAAAAGAGACAUGCGUCCAUCAAGUUCAUUCGUUCCCAUGAAACACAAACACGCAUGUUACCAAUCGAUUAGUGGUUUUAUUGUGGAAAAUAAUACAUUUAGUAUGUUCUAUCAUUUUAGAAUGAUCUACAAACAAAAUAGUUUUAAAUGGACAGUAUAGGUACCAUAUCUAUUUCACCUAAAUUAAGUUGUUAUGGUGGCAGGAAGUCCCUGGGCUCACUCAUUUUUACCCCAAAGUUGGCUCCAGUUCCGAUCUCAGCUCCCCCAAGCGGCAUCCGUCUUCUGACGCUCUCAGCCAAUCAGUGAAUCCCUAUUUAGAAAACUGGCUUGGAAAAAGUAUGCCACAGCCCGGUUGCACUCCACGCUUCCUGAAGCUGACAUUUCAAAAGCUGGAUGCCGCCUGUGCAGUGGAAGCGGAGAUCAGUGCUGGAGACAAGUUUGAGGUAAGAGUGAGCCCAGGGGACUCCUGGCACCAUAACAACUUAAUUUAGAGGAAGUGCCUGAGGUGCCCCUUUAAUAGUUUUAUGGAUGCUUACAAUUUACUUGGAAUAAAAUCUAAAUAGGAACUAGUGAAAAAAUAACUUCCUUAGCAGAUGGAUCAGAAACUCUAAUCGGUUAACCUUUAUUAUUUGGUAUGUAUGGUACCAUUUUUUUGAAACACACAUGAGGCACUAACAUAUCACUAAUUAGUCAAAGAAAAAAAGUCUUGAAGUACUGGUGACGAUAUUUAUAACAAAUAGAGACAUAAAACAAAAGAGAUGGAGCUCAAAUUUUGCAGGACUGUGCUACUGGAUAACAUCUAUUGAUAUUAUAAUCGGAAUACAAAGCAAAACGAGACAGGUAUUUCACUAAACCAUUAAUUGUAGUGAAUACUUGGGCCAAAAUAGUUGAUUAAAAAAAAUCUGCAAGUUGUUCAAAGAAACCUGAAGUCCCAAAAAUAACAAUGAUUAUUUUGUGAUUACACAUUCCCUCAUAGAGAUGUAAUCACUGUGCACCCUUCUUUGCUCAGUAAAAUUUAAGUUAAAUAAAAAUAACUCUCCUAAUUUCCAGAGCUGGAGCCUCCAGCUCCUCUUCUGUCUAUGUCAGCAUCCAAGCUGACAUCGCUCGGGAUGUCGUCCAAUCCAAUGCUUCUCAUAGAGAAGAAUUGGAUUUGAGAAGGCAUGCAAGGCAAAACACGACAUUCCUCCCACCAAAUGCUGCUGUAAGUUUCACUCAGUUUUGGAGGAGGAAGUGCCUCUAGUGCCUGUCAGGAUGUCAGCCACUAGAGGUGUAUUUCUAUAAAACUUCAGUCUUUUAUAUUGCAGGGUUAAAAUGACAUCACUGUACCCAGGGCACUUCAUUGAGAUGAAGUAGUCUGGGUGACCUUAGUGGUCCUUUAAGUCAAAGCUUUUAGCUUGAAUUUUGCAUUGUGCAUUUCACUUCACCACAGUUUACCAUUUAGUGAAUAAAUCACCUAAGUUUUUAUGACAACCACGAGUUCUAAAUUUAAGGAUUAAGGAAAAUCUGGUCAAUGAGGUGCAGUCAUGGUAUUGAGUUGGGUACCUAUUGUAUAUGAUAUCUUUCAGGUUUCUUACUAUAUAUGUUUUUUUUUCUUGUGACCCUGAUGUAGAUUUUAUUGAUGUUAUAUUUUAUUUGCAGGUUGUUCAAGCAGACAGUAGGAAUCCUCGGCCAAGUCAAAGAACAAACACAGAAUCUAGACCUCAUCAACAAUGUCGCCCAAGCAGGAAUCAGAGGUGGGAGUCAAUGGAAGGGUCACGACCACCUCCAUGCAGACCUCGAAGGGACGCUUUUGAGUCUCCUACUGAAGAGCAUGCUGGUCCUAGUACCAGGGAACGCUCAGGACAUAGAUCUCACACGCAGAACAUUAGAAAAACUGCAUUUGCUCCAACUAGUGCUUCAGUGCCAACAUACGGUCAGCCAAUAACUACUGUGACUGCCUCCGCUUCAGUUACUGUUGCCGUUCACCCUUCUAUGUGUAGCCACAACUCUCGUGCUUGUCACCCAUUCUGCAGUUCUUACCAUGAAAAUGACAAUGGACCUUUUGAGGACCCUCAUGUGCCUUUUAAUGUGCGGUACGAGAGAAGGGACUCUAAAGUAGAAGUGAUAGAGCUGCAAGAUGUUGAGUGUGAAGAUAGGACACAAGGAAAUGGCUUAAAUUAAGGUAAACUGAUUGUCCAGCAUAUGUGUUUGUCAACAAAACAUCUUCCUCAGUGCCUGGGUUCUCUUCCAACACUUUAUAAUAAGUGUCGGAUUCACAUAUGUGCCAUUUUUGUGCACAUACACCAUAUUUUUUUAUAUAUAUAUGAAACGGUUCUUCACCCUUUGUAGAGCAGACUUAUUUUCCAUGUUUGCUGUAGUGUGACAAAAUAAUCUGUUUUUCCACGACUAUUUAUUGCUCUGUCAUAUUUUUCGCUCCUGUUUUUCUAAUGAUUUUAUCAUUUAUUACAUUCACAAAAUAAGAAAAAAUGGGUCAUAUUACUAGUAAAAAAAAGACACAAUCAGUGACUCCCCAUUCAUAAAACUAGUUUGAAAAGGUCACGAUUCUUUUCAAUCCAGUUUUAUGAAUAGGGUGUCACUAAUCGAAUGAGAGCAUCAAAUGACUGCUUUCAGCCAAUCAAGGCUUUUCGGUUUCCUGAUUUUGAGAAAACUGAAGGACAGAGAGGCAGGGAGAUAUAAACCAGAUAUAAAGUGAACAUAACACUUUGAAUACAUUACCCUAUAUGGUUUACAUAAUUGUAACUUUUUUCCAAAUAUAUUUACAUACUGUUUUAGUUCAAAAUGAAUGUUAACAUAAUCACUCAAUGAUAGUGGCAUGGUACACUUAAUCAGAAUCAAAACUCUAAAUCUGGUAGACUUGUGCAAGAGUUUUUUUUUUUAUAGAAUAAGACUCCACAGGUAAAUCCCCAACGAUUUAUUCGUCCUGGUGUGGAUUAAAAGGUAUUUGAUUCGGGCAAAACAUUUAAAACAUUCUAAAAACUGGCAAAAACAGUAACUUUUGUUCACUUCCAUGAUAACUACUCCACGUUUGCAACUCUGCACAAGAUUGCUCAAGGUACACAGUCCACAAUAUGUUAGAUGUCUCUGAGACUCUAACCAAAUCCAAACUUGAUCAUCUCAAGUACAAUUCACAAAAUUAUGUAUAAGUAUUUUUUAUUUAUUUUUUCCACAGGGAAUGCACAUUCUGAAUCAUUGAUGGCCAAAGACGGGACAGAAUUUCCAGAAUGAUUAAUGAAAGCUGCUGGAGGUUUUCUAGAAAGGACAUGCUGCAUCAGGAUAAACAGUUCACUGUUACUGUAACCUAUUGUAUAAUUGUGUUAAAUAUUGCUAUAAAUAUUUAAGAGGUGUAUACAUAUGUAAAAUACAAGAGAGCAAUGUAAAGUUAGAAUAAUUGUGGAGUUAUUUGACUCCUUUUAACAGAUGGGAGCAAACAUGUUUGCCCUCUCUAAACAAUGUACAGCUUUUGUGCCACAAUUAAGAUUAAUCUAGAUAUUAAAUUCAGCGUAUUUUUUUUUCUGCUGCUUAAAUAUUGUAUAAUUACUUGUAUAAUUCUAUGCAAAUAUUGCUUAUUUGAUAGGUGUUAUUUUAUACAUGUAAAGUCACAUGUUCAGAUGUGUUAAAUGUUCAUAUCACAAUCCUGUGGUAGUAUGUUACUGAUAAUUUUCAAACACGCUAUGCGUGAUUUUUAAUUCUUUUUUCUUUCAAAUGGGCAGAUAUGAAGAAUUUGUCUUAUCUGGUGUCCUGUCUCUAUGUGAAGCUAUAUGCAAGAUCUCUUGCUGUUGUAAUGUUGUAGAUUUGUUUGUUUGUGUCAUGUGAUAUCAUACCAUUUAGAAUUGUGUGUUUGUGCCUUACCACAUCGUUCUGUCUCUUCCAUUGUGAUGCAUAUUCUUGGUGUGCUUGUGUAAACCCCUAAAAUCCAGGACCCCUUUUUCCAUACUGAGCACUUAAUAGCUGGAGACUUAAUAGCUGUUACAGACUUUUAAGAGAAAUGUAAUAUGUCCCAUGUAUGUAAAAUAUGAGGCUGCAGUAUUUUAUGUUUUUAGCAGAAGCACUUCCAACAUUGAAGAGGUCAGAACAGAAUUUUUAUUUUGGCAUAUGUUGGCCACUCUGCCGUACAUUGGUGCUACUAUAACUAUUUCUAAACAAAUUUUAAUUUUUAUUACUUGACUCUGAAAAUAUAAUUAUUUCUCUAACUACCUCCCUUUCUCCCUUACAUACAUAGAUUUAUUUUGUCUUUCAGAGUUUAUCUAUAUGCUGUUAAUUUAAUGCAAACAUUUUUUUUUUUGUUUAGUUUCCAUGUUUAAACAUCAGCAUACUGUAGAAAUGCAGCUCUGUGCACAUCAGGAGACUUUUGUGCUUGACAAAGCAAAACCUUGCUCCUAAAAUAGGUUUAGCUGAGGAUAUGAUACUAGGCACUUGAUGUAAAAGGAAAAAUCCUAAUAAGGGAUAUGUAGCUGUCCUUCUUUGUAAAUAUAAGCUAUUUUGUAUAAGCACACUGAAACGAAAAUCUGUGAGUGCCAGAGGAAUGCUAAAAUUGUGUCACUGAUUGGGUUAAACAAUUACCUUUUUUUUGUGUUCAGCACAAUCUCCUUAUAUAGAUAAUAAGAUAAUGGGCCCUGUCUGCUUUUAGUGCAAUAACUGCGAUUAAAAGCUAAAUCCAUGCGUUACAUGCUAUGUGAAGCUGCGUUAAUUAAGCUUUUUUUUUUUUAAGGUUUGAAUGUCUGUAGUUGUAUACUGUUUUUCAGUAAACCCUGACUAUUCACAAAAUACAGGAAGAGGGGGAUAAAAAGCCACCACUGACAGUACUCAUGCCUAAAAUAUAUCCCAUCACUCCAUGUCCCAGUCAUCCCAAAAUGUAUUGAGUAACUGUUGUGAAGCUGCUUUAAUUGGAUCUCUAUGGAACAAGAAAAAUUCAAGUUAAUUGAGAAAUUUUAAUUUAAUCAAGUUGUAAUAAUUGCAGGUAUUAGUGAAGGUUCUUGACUAUGAUCAGAUCAAAGCAGACGUAGACAGCAGGUACCCAUUGUGGAACUGCCACUGGCAGGCUAGCAAAACUUAGGACAAGUUGUAGUUCCACAUGAGCUGGAUGGGUAUACCAUGGUUAAAGGAACUGUUUGUAAAAGUGUCGAUGUGUAAAUAAACAGUCUAUACUAUUAUGCAGGUAACAUUGGUAGCAAAUUAAUAUGCUGGCUUUAUAUGCGUGAUUAUUAUAUUGGAAAAAAAACAUUUAUUAAAAUUGGUUCAUCCAGUCGGUGACAUUAACAUUUACAAGUGAACUUUUUAAGUGAAUUUUAAAUUUAAGGUCAGUGUAGCCGAAAUUGCAGCACAGCUGACUUAGAGAAUAUUUUCAGUUCGGCUAGUUUGACCUUAAAUUUGAAAUUCACCAUGAACUUUCACUUCAAUGAAUAAACCUGAUGGUCUUCUGUUAGCUUUUGCCAGCUACAUUUUAAGCAUUGUGCCAGUAAGACUGUUUGCCUUGGUUAUAACAAAGAUCCACUACUUAAAGGACCACUAUAGUGCCAGGAAAACAUACUCGUUUUCCUGGCUCUAUAGGGUCCUUGGGUUCCUCUAACCGUUUGGGUCCCCUUCCCGCCGGGCUCUAAGCGGAGGAAGGGGUUAAUCCCUUACCUGGGGAAUCUCCUCCUCCUUUCCCCGUCAUCUGCGGAAUGCGCAUGCGCGGCACGAGCCGCGUGUGCAUUCAGCCAGUCCAUAGGAAAGUAUUCUCAAUGCUUUCCUAUGGACGCUGGCCUCUUCUCACUGUGAAAAUCAAUGAGACAGCCACUAGAGGCUGGAUUAACCCAUUUGUAAACAUAGCAGUUUCUAUGAAACUGCUAUGUUUACAGCAGAAAGGGUUAAUCCUAGAGGCACCUGGCACCCAGACCACUUCAUUCAGCUGAAGUGGUCUGGGUGCCUAUAGUGGUCCUUUAAAAACUGGUUAUAGUAUUACCAUCAGAUGUCAAGGUCUAAGUUUUACAUAGAUAUUAAGAAAUACUGAAAAAAUACUAAUUUUAUGGCUGUACUCGUUAAAACAGUCUUUAUAUAUGCACUGUUUUCUUGAAAUAUAGAUCAGGCAACCCAAUUCCUCCACCAUUUAGUUUACUAAAUUUUCAACUGAUUUGCAUUGUCACUGAGCUAUGCAUUUGCUCACAUUUUUGCUUGGGCAAUAUAUAGAUCAUAGUAUGCUGUACAGUAACACAUUUAAACAGUUAAUAGUCGACACUUUGCCUUUCAUUUUUAAGUUUUCAAGGCCUACCCAGAAUACUACUAUACACCAUUUCACUGCCAAAUCUCUUUUCCCUACCCUUUGUUAGCGUGUCUGCUGCCUUCUGCACAGUAUAGACUUUUUAAAUCUCCAAUAGUCACAUUGACAAAGGGAGUACUCCAUAUCUGGCAAUGUUUAAUUAAGAAAAAAUGUUUUGUUUUUUUAAUAUUUAUAUUUUUGUAUAAUAAUGUGUUCUUACAGUAUUUGUCAUGCCAGUUUAUAACAAAACAAUGCAGGGAUUUUUUUAUAUAUUUUUUUGUUAAUUUUUUAUUGGGAAACAUCUAUCACAGCUAUGUUCUUUUUUAAUGGAAUUUUAUUUGUAUAGAGUGCUUACUAAUGUUAAAUAGGAGAGAGUAUAUAACAUUUACAUUAAGGACUCAUAGCGUUUUAGAUUAAGGAGUUAAAUGGAAAAUAUUCAAACUGGGUCUCAUUGUCUGCCUUUUUUUCGGGCAGGUGUGGGUUGUGUGUCAUUUCAUUUACAAAGAUAAACGUAUGCCAUAUAAUUUAUUUAUAUGAAAAUUUAUUUUUGUAGUGUACAUAAUAGUCAUCAAUUCUUUUGACAGAAGUAUAUUUUUAAAGAGUUUAUAUGUAUUGAUACCAUUGUGAGACAUAAAACUUGGUUACAGUGCACACGUACUAUUUAACUACACCCGGAAUAAGUUUGCUUUGCCAAUGGUUAGGCAACCUGUUACUUUUCUGCUGUUGAUAACCUACAGACCGCAUAACCCCCAACAUCCUGGGGCAUAGGAUAAUGGUGGUUUGUAGUUUAUCAAUAUUAGACAAGUGGCAUGUUGUUUAACCCUGGUUUAUCCUAUUCAAUAUUUUGGUUUGACCAGCAGAGACACCAUGGCUUAGUGUUUUGCUGAUUGCUCUCCAUCACUGAAUGGGUUAAAUAUAUAAAAAACAAAAACAUGACAAGUCUUACUAUACAGAGCAUGUUUGUUUCCAUUUGUAAUCUAGUGUGGUGUACGUUUCAGACAUUGAAAGUGAAAAAAAAUUGUACAAACUCUCUAAAUAUUAAUGUUCGAACACUGAUAGAAUUUCUAACAUGAAUAAAAAAUAUUAUAACUUAUUGGUUACUCA